AUGUCCAUAUCUCAAAGGUUUGUCAGCGUGUCCACCAGGAUUAUACCGACUUGCCUGUACAAUGCGCUUUCUCCUUUCUAUUUAAUGAAACUGAAGAUAGAGGAUUGUAUAACAGCAUUUAAUAUUUAUUCUUAAUAAUAGUUCUGUUGUGACUCGAGGUUAACCGGUUCCUCAAAUUCGAUGCACUUCUAUUUGUGACGAUUAUUAAUAUUUGCCUAAGAUCCACGAGUUCGACUGGGCAUGUCUGGCCCUUAGCCGCCGAGUCUAGUACUCUGGGUUGGAUUUAGUUCAACCAAAAGGAGAAAUAAUACAAACACGCGUUCAAGAAUUUAGAGCGGUGCCUCUUGUUGCAUGAGUAACUUGACAUCAAAACCAUUUUUUGUCGCCGUCAAGUGAUCCUGUGUUUUGUCUUUAUAUGCAAUCGUUUUGCCUUUUUCUACGUAAACUGUUUAUCCGAAAGAGUUAGUAUUUUCAUAAUAAUAGAACUUAUUUUGCUUAUCAUCGUUAUCAGCAUCGAUUCUGACAUUCUUGGUUUUUUGGGCGGAAAAUCAAAACGAUAAUCGAGUCUACCGCAGAAUAGAUGAAAUGGGGGGAGGGGUCUUAAAAGGUGGGCCAUGGUGCGGCAACUGUCUUCAACUAGGCGUCAUGUCAUGGAAUGGGACUUCGAGUCAACGAUGGAAGUGAUCGCGAUUUUGUUAGACAUUUCAGAAAAUCCUUACGCCUCCAAAGGUCAGCACGGUGGCAAUUCGCCUACUUAUUCCUCUCAUUUGUCCCUGCGACCAUUCCAAGUGGAAAUUAGUUGACAGGACUCACAGGCCUCAGCUGCGGACAAUGUUGUAUGCGAGACCUAGGAUUUAGGACGGAUGAAUUUGGAAUUUACUCUCUUUGCCCGAAUGUAUGCGGCAAAAAUAGGCAAUGGUAUUAAUUUCUUUCAAAUAAACCAAGUGACUAUUCCCAUGAAAUGUUAACUAAAAUCCUGAAAUGUGUUUUCACCUAGAAAGGAUUACUUAAGUUGGGUCGUAAUAUUCGUUGUAGUUCAGCACAACCUCAAGGUACUUCAGUCACCUCAGAAUGCUCUCUUUUAAAUAAAUUGCUUUUUAUUCACCUGCAAAAACCACAGCGUAACAAAUGACCAUCUGUGUGGUAUGUAUCUUUUGCAUUGAUUUCAAAACGGUCCUUAUGAAUUCGAAUACAUUUAUCGGAAAAGUGCUGAAAAAUAUGUGCCCUUAUGCCAUGUUGGCAGCAACUCACAUCUGCUUCAAAUUUCAUGCUCGAAGAGAGAACAUCUUUUUGUUUCAGACAGGUUUUCCAAAGCCCAAAUAAUUUUGAACCCAACCUUUAGUUGUAUUUGCAUUUGGGAUUGAUAAUCUACAAUCUAUAUACCUUCUACAUCGUGAAAAUCAUGUAAUCCCCUAUGCCAUUAAGAAGAUUAUGAAGAAGGUUUUCUGAGGAAAGUGGACUAUGCUGUAUGCUGAUUAAUAAACGGACAGAAACGAUGGACACUUCGGGGUUUUGAAAAUGCAAUAAUUGCAAUUUAUUUUAAAGCCGGUAAAUAUCUUUCCUUCCAGUAUAAAAUUUGUAGAAAACAAGAUUUUCUGCCAAGUGAGUAUGAGAAAGGAUAUUUGUACAAAUGUCUUAUAUAAAAUAUACCUGAAUUUAUAUGGGCAUCUAAAUCAAAGAGUUAUUUUUGCCGAGUGUGGUUUUUGCAGACGACUGGGAAGAAAUUUAAUCAAAAGCCGAAAUCCUGGCGUGGCUACAAUAUUUCGAGAUUAUGCUGUAAGAUGAUCAAUAUUACAACUAAAUGUAAGAAAUCCUUCCCAAAUGAAAAUGAAUUUCACGACUCAGACCAUCAUUUCAUGAGAAUGCUCAUUUACCUCAUCCGACUGUAUGAGUCAUGGCAAAUUAGCUUGCGCACACUUCAGGGUCACCAACUAAAGAAGACUGUGUGCGUGCUUGUCACGAAGGUUUGUCCGCUUCCAGCGGCUGGUCUACUGCCGGUAGUCUAACGUAGUCCUAAAUACACUCGAUAUGACAACCUUUAACACUCGGGCAUUAUCGUCGUUGGGCACUGAGAGGCUAUCCCUCAUCCUACCAUUCUUGUAUAUUCUUCGACCGCCUUUCUGGAGUAAUUUGGGAAGCAGUAGCCAACAGCCUGGUUGUGACCCAAUUUCUUCUUAUGCAGCCGUUUUCAGCCGAGUAAACUGCCCAAUUUUACUUCUCCCCAUCCAGAAUUGCAAAAAUACAGGAGAACAGUGAACAGUGGAAAAGCCGGACUCCGCUGAGGCGUCCAGAGGAGGAAGGAGAGGGUAUCCCCGUGAGGAGUGUUAGUCAAAUUCAAAACGCUCUACGGCAAAGUCAAGAGGAAUGGCGGAAGCGUGUAAAGGCGGGCGAUGUGGAACGCUUUUCAAUGUCAGAAAGGCUCCUUCAGAGUGAGUUAAUAGUACUCUUAUGGGGCUCUUCGUUAAUAUUUUUUUCAGGGACGUGGGCUAAGUCUUCUGAUUCGGUCCUCUCACAAACCGACUCAGCAGCGUUUCCGUUAACCGAGUUUAGCAGCCCUGAGAAGAUUUGGCACCAGUACCCAACUUAAUUUACCCCGACGUCAGACCGGCGAGUCUAUCGCAAAGUCUGUUGCAUCUCACCCUGUUGCCAGUUCGCUGACAAGUGCCCCCCCCCCCCGCACUCUAGGCAACUUCAGAAAAGCAUAGACUGUGAGCAUCUCUUUUAGUGUAAAUGACCUAUUAAAUAUCAGGUCCACUGGUUGCUCGAUGGUGAUGCCUAACAGCAGACAUAAGGCUGAUGUGAUGUGGGAAACCGAUCUCAUUUAAGUGUUAUGUACUAAACAGAUAACGAGUGUUGGGUGAACGACCGGGUUUGCUAUGGCGGGUUUUGUCUGUUUUGCAGUAGUAUGUUUGACGCGGGGAGGCUGUGUUUCUGCUGAUGAGUACUAACUGACUCUCAAGGUCGGAGAACGUAUUGAAAGGCUGUCUGAUAAGUAUAGCUGGGAGUGUCCUACAUACCUAAAAAGUAGGUUGCCACUGCCUGUUUUUCCGCCCGCCUUUCUUUGCUAGUGCAGCACGGGGCUGAGAUUAUAGAAUCCAUUGUUGCCCUGCUAUUGAAAUGUGGGCGGACCUUGCGCCGUGGUACUUAAAUGACACGUGGGUUCAAGAUCGCUCAUGUGAUCUUUUCUUGCCACCUUCACAUUCGUCCUUACGGUUUGUGGGCGACAUAAGUAGCUCAGGGGGAUCUAAGGACAAAAAUGUGGAGAGGGGGGUUAGUUGGAAUCUGCGAGCUCACGCAUUGCUCCGCGACGUAAGCUAAUCCCACGUUUCGCUGUACACGGCAGCCCUCUCAAAAGUUUCAAUUUUCAGUCACUGACAGUAGUGCAGUACAGAAAGUGUGGCAACCAAGAGACAUUAAUUUUUUAAAAAAAAAAACUACAGCAUGGCUGGGUGGAACGUUUUUUCAACAAACGUACUAAUUAGAGAGUUUGGAGUUCCAUAGUCCCGAGUUGAAAAAAGUUACGCUCCUUCCUCAGGACUGAGCGUUAUGAUUUUGGUUUAUACCCUCUACAUCGAUUCCCAAAAUAAUCAAAUCAAUCUGUGGGGAGUUUUUUCGAAUCCCUGGUCGUCCCCUAAGGCAAAACUAUCAAUCACUUUUUACUCACACAUUAACUAUCGACCUUCAUGUUCCUUAUAUGCGUGGGAUGUGAUAAAUGGCUUUUCGAGGUCUUCUCUGUGUUCAUAGAAGCUUGCGUGCACGAUCGCACCUCAAAGUUGAUCAACCCCUCAACUUGACGAUUUGAACUUCAAUGAGUGUCCGCCCGCGCCGGUCUGAAGGCACCACACAAGUUGGCAUGCGCAUAUUCUCACAUCUGUAGCUGGGGGUUAACUUAUCAUCACCGACUGCUGAUGACAAAUAAGCCUGAAAUUGCCGGCCCAGUAUUCCUGUCUUUGUGUAAUUAUUUACCAUACUGCCAAUACAGGUAGAAGCUAAAAGCCCAGACACGCGUGUUUCACCGAUCUUGUGCAGCUGCUUGACGCAAGUGCGAGGGGUUCGGCUCAUCAGUGGGUCCCCCAGCUUUCCCUGUGUGUUUUCUGGUAUAUGAACUCCAGUUUCAACUUGCCUUGCUCAAUUUCGGAAGAAAUUAAUACGCGAAGUUGGAGUAAAUCUUUCGGAACAGACCUUUUCAGGCACGGUCCGAAAUUUGGUGUGAAUAUUUGGGCUGAAAUCCAUCAUCUACUGCGGAAUAACCGCGUAAUAUUCACAACCCGCCAACAGGCAGUCAGUAGUAUAGAAUUGUGCAAUUAUUUGCCAAACUGUGUGAAAAAUCCGCCGGUCGUCAGGGGACCGCCGACCUGGGCUGUGGACCCUCAGCUCCAACACGAGGCGGAACUGCUCAUUUCUGUCCUACGAUCAGGGCAGACUGGUGCAAGAGAGUGUUUUGAGGCUGUAUGUUUCCUACUCCAAACUACAAGAUUCGGGCCGUUUAGUGCAGUGAUUACGACGUCAUUCGAACAACUGGCUUCUGUCCGAAACCCGUUUGUGCAGUCUGGCCUUAGGGUAUCACUGACCAACGACAGAAAUUAAGACAAAAUGAGUCAAUCCUGCAUCCCUGUCUCAGUGAAACGUUUUGAUAAAAUCAUAAGACACAUUCGUCCCGUUGUGUCCUGGCGCCCAGCGUGGAGUUCUCGCCGGAAUUUGUACAGCAAUCAGUGAAUAUGCUGAAGGGGUACCUGAUACGAGUGAAUUCCGUAGAAACGAUCGGUGAGAACCCCCUCUACCAUUGCAUAUUCCCGAUCGGAAAACUGACAGGACAACGGACCCCUGGUCGUGGCGCAGUGGUUAGAGGCGUUGGACUUAUAACUAACAGGUCGCAGGAUCAAGUCCCAGGUGUUUCACACUUCGGGAUUGGGUAUGACCGGCUGAUGACGGCUAAUGAGCCAGAAAUGACCACUUGAGUCUCCCUUGUCUUUGUCAGUAAUGCUUUUCUACAGUUAAUAUUCCCCAUCUCAACAGACCCAGGGCUUAACGGUAAGACGUUGAGUGUGAAGGUUAAUAACUAAUGAGCCCGGGUUUGCAUCUAAGACUGCUCAAACCUGGUCUUGGGUACGACUGGCUGGCGACGGCUGACAAACCAGAAAUGGCCAUCACACUCUCCCCGUUUUUGUUGAUAAUAAUCCUUAGGUCUACGUCGCCCGUCAACUCUGAAAAUCUACCACCCGUUUACCUCAUACUUGGAGAUAAAAACUAACCGAUUAGAGUUCCCUGAUUCUCCCGACCAUCCGUAAAGUCAUGGCGAAAACUGUAUGUUGCUAAUAAGCGCCAGAGGAGAUUCUCGGGUAGAAAAUGCCUUCCGAUUAUAAAACAUACGUAUGUUCGUAGAAUUGUGUGUACAACCCCUAAACCUCGAAAAAGUGGAAUCAGCAUCAGGAAAUCAAACGUGAAGCUGAGUACAGUGACCAGUGAACUGCUGCUCCCCAAAUUCUCGUUUUUGUGCUUUCGUCACCCCCGCAUCACGCCUAUUUCCUUUGUAUUCGCAGGCCAAGAAGAGGUCGUUUUACGAAAGGGCUUGAGCAGACAGUACGGGCGAUGCCGUACCGUCUAUAUGUACCCUGGAGGUUUGGUCCCUGCCCUAUUUCCCCCCCCCCCUGUUCUUGUCCUUUCGCUCGCUGCCUGCACCGCUAGAAGCGAGAAAUGCAUGCACUUGCACGCAAAUUGCAAUAUCAUAUGCAUGCCGUCUUUCCCAAAUAGUAAAUAGGCAAGAAUGCGGACAGAUGAAAGUACGCAGCCUUCGCUGUUGACAAGGUCGCUCGAGGUGGUUGCGCCUUUCGGUAAUUUGGUUUUCACUAAUUGGCUCCACCAGGUGCCUUGAUCCUGUAAUGUCCUUCAGACAACUGGAUCAACCGCCUAAUCGCAGCCAGAAAAUAUUUCCCCUCCUUGAUGCUGUCUAGGGAUUGCAGUUCAGAGGUUGUUUUUUAGGCACGUGCCCGCUAUUAACAUUCCUCAUACUUGCGUAUCUUGAUAUGGAGCGUCUUGCCAGCACUGAAGCUGAAAUUUGUAAAAAAGCCUUAUUUCUUACCAGCAAAAUCAGCAUUCCUCUCGACACGUAAGCCCCAGUAAUGACCUAUCGCCGAUAGGCUUAGACGUGGACGCCUUCAUGAUGUUCGCGAGAAGUUUUGAUUUUUGUCUUAGCAGUGUUGUGACCUGCAAAGUAAUAAUCUAAAGGUGCCUUUAAAAACCAGGUGUUUUUCAAAGUCACCUUUUAAUAGCCCUACAUCAUUUGUCGGAAUCUUUCGCCACUUUCCUAAGGUUUCUACCGCGUCUGUUUCUUAGACAAAUUUAUUUUGGUAGUGUACGACAUAUAUACGUUUGGGUUGCCAUCAGAUGGUAAGUUUUAAAAUGUCAUUUACUGCCUUAAGUAGGAAGUUAUCGGUGCCAGAUUUUAACAUCUGUUUGGUAGAUCCUGCAGUAUGUGACCAGUCUCAUGGAAUAUUGGCCGAAAUUUUUAAAAAACGUUUUCGAUUAAAAAAAAUUACGUAAACGAGAUUGUAAUGUUGAUUAUCUUACAGCACAAUCCCACGAUAUCCUACUUCUGCUUUUGAAUGAAUUUCAUUUCGGCCGCCGGCAAAAGCACACCUGAUGUAAAAAGAGUGCCUAAAUAUUACGACUUUUUCUAAUUGAAUUUCGACACCCCUACUAAUUCCAAUAUAUUUUAUUGAAAACAUCUUCAUUGCACUUGCUUGAUGGCAAAUCGUGAGACCUUCAAAUUUCAUACUCAUAUAAAUGGAAUAUUUUGAGGCUGUGAAAUGUUCAUCCCCAGAGAAUCGUACCGUCCUGUUUACUAAUGCUCUUUGUAAGGUACAAGAGAUGGUCCGCACCCAUUAGAAAAUAGUAUGGGCCUCAUAUGACGUUCCCACAACAGUUUAUAGAAACAUAUGAUUUUCCUUACACAAAAAGUAUGCAGCAUGCGGUUAGGGAACCCUGAGCGCAGUCACAACGCGGUUUGGGGUCAAAAUAGUACGGGGGUUGACAAGAUUUCCAAAACCGAAAAAUAACUCUUCUUCGAGUGUACAAUUCGAAGCAGACGCGAUUCGAUACUGAAUGAGUGCAAGGAAAAAUAGCUUAUGCAUUUCUUUUAUGAAUAUUUUUGUGUUAAUAAGAGGAUCAAAUUUCACUUGAGAAAAUCCAAAUUAUUUAUACCAUGCGGUUUUUGGAGGGAGGGGACGAAAGGAAGUUUAUUUAAAAGUCGGUUUCUUGCCGCGACUGAAAUAUCUUGAGAUUGUGCUGCACAGUAAUCGAUAUUCAUAUGUGUAAUCCUUUCUUGCCAAAAGCACAUCUCAGCAUUUCGGUUAGCAUUUCCGGAUGUAGGUCAGCUAAUGUAGGCAAUAUGAAUUUUUCGCAUUGGUUUUCGAUUCCCUUAGGAUUUCAAAUAUAUUUAGUAGAAAACAUGCCGAGGAACGUCCUCCCUUGCACUCAUUCGCCAGUUAUUCACCUCUUUUUCAAACUGUUUACUCGAUGUAAAUGUAACCUUCGGUUUUAGAAAAGUUCUCCAAUUCCAAAAUGAUUUCGAACCUGAACUGCCCUCUGGAUAUCUCAGUGCUUUAAAAAAGACUGGACACUGUUCCAACCUGCCAUCUUUCACACAUCAAAAAUGUUCAGCGGUUGGGCUCAUGGGCAGGAAUCCGGUCCUGCGGGCCUCGGGCAUAUGAAACGAGGAGGCUUGGAAUUGGGCUACCUGCUUAGAGAAUCCACGAAGCGUGUGGUAUCGGAGGGGAAGAGAUGUCCCCGCUAGCAUCGCUGAUAGAAGCGAACAGGCGAGUCCCAGGUAGCAGUUCAGAAGAUGAAGAUGCGAUCACUGGGACUCGCCUGUUCGCUUCUAUCAGCAAUCUUUUUGGGCGCGAAGCGCUCCGAUCGGCUCGACGGUGGAAAACCUUUGCCCUUCGAGAGUCGUCAACAUAUGCGCAAAUUCGAUUUCUGCACAGGUGUCUCGACAACAAUGUGCUGCCGAAGUGCGUUUCAUACAAACCUCCGGUCAACACAGAGCUGGCGAUGUCCCAGUGAUCGCAUUUUCAUCUUCUGACCCGCUAGCAUCCUCAGAUAUCCACGGCCUAUCUCCCAUUUCUAUUUUUAACAAAAAUCCCCAGCCAACGGCAUGAGGUUUCCUUGCGUUUACAGCCAAUAGCACUUUCGCCAUUAGUGAAGGCGGUUUGACGACGAAACUCAUCUUGUCUCUUUUGGGCUGCAGGCAAAUCUGUAGGGAGAUUUUGAAUCCUCCGACGGAUCCAUUCAUCUCGAGAUCGGUCUGUAGCGUUUUUAUAAGAACCAAGUCCACAUCGACGAACAAUAAUAAGCCAAGCAGGAUAAAAUGGUCUAAACACAUUGAGCACUCUAAACUGGCUGGAACUGUUUUCUUGCUUUCGACUCGAUUCCUUUCACGCCGAAAGUAAACGUCUGGCAUAGAGGAAUACUUGGCAAGCCUUGGCGUUUUAACCUUCUUGCAAGGCGUUGCGUAAUUUUGUCUUUCUCCACAAAUCCAGGCGAGUUUGACUUUUAAUGGGUGGGCGAGCUCGAGUCGAAGUCCUACUCGAUUCAUCUGUCACCCUUGCGGUCUAUGAUUCAUGAAAAAGACACCAGCAAUCUUGUUUUUUUGUGAUUCCUUUCUUCGAAUGUUCCUGUCAGUUGCUCUUGUAGCAAACACCCACCGUUAUGGUGAAAUACACGUGCUGCAGGGUACCUAACUGUCAGGUGAGAAGCGCACUGGUUCAGACUGUGUUAAAUCGCCCACCGCGCAAGGUUGAUUGAAAUUGGUCCUGAGGAGGGAAGGAUGAGGUAAUAACGAGUGGAAGGUCGAGUGUCACUGAUGGCGGCAGAGGAGCGCACACGACUAGGGCUGAAGGCCAUGCUUUUGGCAUUUGGAUGGAGUUAGCCCUCAAGAUUGAGCGAGCAAUGCUGAAGGUCACGCGUUUGGUAUUUGGAGAGAGCAUGUCUCCAAAGUUGUGCAAGGUGCACUUUGACUUCCCCCUUCUAACGUGCUCAGAUAAGUGAUGCCACCUGCAAAAUGAUUCCCGGUUGGCAAGUUUUUGCCUAAGAUACGGUGAGUGACCGACCUCAUGAACCGUUGGUCGAAAUUCUGAAAUGUGCUUUCGAAUAGGAAGAAUUACCUAGGUUGGACUGUAAGAUUAAUUAUCUUGCCAUGUGAUUCCGCGAUAUUUCGGACUUGGCAGGAUGUCGGCUUUUGAAUGCACUUCUUUUUCGACCGUCUGCAGAACCCGCACCCAGUAAAAAGUGAUUGCCUAAGUGGCAUUCACUUUUCACAUUGAUUUUCGAUGGUCUAAUAAAUUUAAAUAUAUUUUAUUGAAGACAUGCACAAAAAACACUGUCUUCGACUUUUUCGGUAGAGAAUCACGUCGUGUUCACAUUUCAUACCCGUAGAAAGAGUAUAUUUAGUGUUUAAAACAGUUUCUGAUUAUGAGAUGUUUAAGAGCGUACGAUGGCCAUGCAUACAAUAUCGUACCUGCCCAUUUACCAAUGCUCCUCGUGAAAUAUACGAACUCCAUAUAGUAUCUUCCUAAAGCCUUAAAAGAAUAUAAGAUUUUCCUUACGCGAAAUGCAUGCAGCGUGUAGAGUGAAAUCGCUAAACGCUAAUGCAACGGCUGAUCAGACUCAAAAUUGUUCGGGAAAUGGGAACCGUUUUCAAAGCCAAAAUAUACCCCUCCUACGGGUAUGAAAUGUGAAGGCGACGUGACUCUCUACCGAACAAGUAGAAGAAAGUGUUUUUGUGCAUGUCUUCUAUAAAAUAUAUUUAAAUUUAUUAGACCAUCGAAAAUCAAUGUGAAAAGUGCAUGUCACUUAAGCAAUCACUUUUCACUGGGUGCGGGUUGUGCAGACGGUCGAAAAAGAAGUGCAUUCAAAGGCUGACAUCCUGGCAAGUCCGAAAUAUUAUAGGAUUAUGCCGUAUGAUAAUUAAUGUCACCACCCCACUUAACUAAUUAAUCCUAAUCGAAAACGUAUUUCAGAAUGUCGACCAACAUUUUAUGAGAUCGGUCACUCACUGCAAGUUUUAACGUGACACCAGAGAUACAAAUUGCCGGUAGAUGCAACCGUCGGACCAAUGCAUAUCAAAAAUUACCGGGGUGGUGUUAUUAGUAAGAGAUUUUUCUUGACCGUGGGGUAAAUUUCGCACGCGUGUGUUUUGGCUUAUUAUACCUUUCAUUGAUGUUUUGGUAAUAUGAAUUAUUCAAAAUCUGCCAAAACAUCAAUGAAUUACGCGAGCCUGGUUGUCAUCUGGUGGAUUCUAGGUGAAUUACUUAGGAAAUCCUGCUUUGGCAGUCAACUUACUGUAUCAGAUUUGGUGGAUUCCAGACGUUACAGUAGGUUGGGCGGGUAACUUGGUCCAAAUGCGAUUAAACUCGCGUCGUCCGGCGGGGCCUCGUAGCUCAGGUGGUUAGAGCGUUGGCUGUGCUAAAGCCUUCCCCUUACUGCGUGGGUUCGAAUCCCACCGAGGCGCCGAGUUUUUCACAGUUGGGUCAAUAUGUAUUAUACCUUUCUUCUAACGAUAGGUUUGUACACAGAAGCUGAUUAUUUUUUGUGGUUACGUUCUCAACUUCAAUCUGACUACUUUUCUCCAUGUUGCCAUACCAAAACCUAGCUUAGUUGGGCUUACAUUCUUCCAUCACUUGCUUUACGGACAAAAAGACAACCCAACUGGAUGUACAACGCUUUCUCGCCUUGAAUGUUUAAUUUGGCUACAAAAAUCGCUGCUGCAUAUGCAUGUUUCAGAUUUUCACGAAAGGAAUGCAUUUCUAUCCUAACUUUUAUCCUAGAAUAGGCGCGUACUGCAUGAAUGGUUUAACCCUAGCAUUUUGUUUCAGGAAAUUUAUGGAUUUCCAUUUCUCACCCAGAAUGUUCAGAAACGUUUACUUUUUCUAGUAUUUUUUAAUGACGUUAUAGAGGGCUCCUCAGAUGAACUCAAUAGUGCUCCACUGGGUGCGUCGGAAUCUCCACCGAAAGCUCAGAUUGAACCAAGGAGACUUCCACAGGUGGCGAUCAUUCGUAAAUCCUUCUCUCUUGGUAAGCACACACUACUGAAUGUGCCAUUUCCGAAUCCUAGACGAGAGGCGUUUGCCCGUACUUCUACACUUGUUAAGCAACACCUGCCCUACCAAACGCACACCCUUCUCUCCAUACAGCUUCCUGUUCUGGAGAAUACUUUCUCCCAUUCGAAUUGGGUUAACAUCGGAAAAGGACCAGAUUGACAGGAAUGCCCCCAUUUAAAUGUGAGCUAGAUCGUUGUGCUAUCCCUUUAUCAAGGCUUGUCAAUGGGGUGGCAUUGGAAGAUGAUCGGGCGCAUCUGCUUUUAACCAAAUACCUCCGUUUUUUCUUGGUAAAACUAGUAAGCAGAAAAGUAAGGUAAUUCAAACUGUCUUCUUUUAGAUGCGAAACAGCGUAAACACUGAACUGGGGCUCAUUCAUCUUUUCUUUAGACAAACUAGCCUAACCACCAGACUUCUGACCACCUCACGAACUAAUCCUCACUUUUUGGCCCUUGGAAGCUCCCGAAAGGGCAGUAUCCACCCCUCAACACUAACGUACAGGUUCUCUGAACCAGAAAAAGAUUAUCUUUAGGGUAAAAUGGCGGCUGCGAUCAAGAGCACUUUUUGAGGACACGGCAAUUCGUGAGGGUUACUCCCGGCACCGAGCAGUUGAAAAGUGGACAACCCAAACAUGCACCAGAGCGCAUUCCAAACAGGCCCAUGAGCUCACACAUUGAUUUCUCAGUAGUUUGACUCGGUGAACAGGCGUGGAACUUUCGGCCUGCCUAUUUUGUGGCUACAAUUUUCUCAGUACGCAAAAAUGGUAUUGUGAAGUCAACUGAACGCACCAACUUCGGCCGUUGGUAGUAGCCUUCGUCUCGGGUAGUCGUUCGCCGAAGUCGAUAGGAUUACAUCACCUCUUCUCUCGAAGAAUAGGCAACAUUGUGUAGAGCAGGUCUGAUCGAAUUUCAUUAAGGCGGUUGACCAAUAGACGGUUGACAGGGUAGGCUUUUUAGACCCUCAGCUGGUGAUGAGGAAACUAAAGAGUGUGGGCGUACGCGCCUUCUCGACAUUCCCGAAGCGAACUCGCGCGAAGCACUCCUCUACUGGUCCAUGUCUGCUUCUUUUGACAUCUAUGUGGGAAAAAACUAAGUCAUCCGGAAUCCUUCCGUCCAUGACUCGGACGUUGAUGUAAGUAAUUGCUCAAAAUUUCGGAUGACAAGAACAACACAAUUGCGUUAGGCGUGUCUCAUUGCACUGUUAGGGCUGCCUCCGGUUACAACAAGGAAACUAAUGAGUAACGUUUAAGUGACAAGUAAACGACCACUGGCAUCAAAGUGCAUGGGUAUCACCUCUUCAAGGCUAGCGUCAAACUUCUUUGAAUCAAAUCAGUCAAGACUUUACACCGUCAGAGGAAAAGCCCACCGCUGCUACCGAAUUGUAUCAUUCAGCUGACGGAAUGGGAUUAGUAAUUUUUGCAAACUGAAGAAGCAGGUUUGUCUACUUCAAACUGCACAUACUCCAUCUAUGGUCGCUCGGAAAGAUAGGCUUAACUGUUUACCACGCUUCUCAAAAAUAUGCACACAACAUCCACUGAACUGUCCUGCUUUCCGGACGGCACACAAGCGCUCCGCUUCGUGCUACAUUCCAAGGCUAAACUGAGCCCUCGUAAUUCACCCUGAUAGCGACAGGCGACGCUUUCAUGAAACAUUAACUACUACCGACUUCGCGUGCUCAGUAGGGCGUGUGUAUAUAGGUGACUGGCAAGAGGAAUGGGAGACAGGCUCGGCGGAUCCUUUUUGAUGUGGUCUCUGGUGAGAUCCGAACUCCCCUGUCUGUGAAAACAUAGUUUAUUUUGCGAGGAGCAGGUCGUGUGUGGUACGCGCAGAUGGCCUGUUAAGGUUUGUCAGACACUGCAUCCAAGCCCAGCCCCCGUCGUCUUGACAUUGUCUUGCCAUCGGAGCCUGGUGGGCGAGAGAGGACGGCGUGCUGUAGGCUCCGUGCAAGUCUUCCCCACUGUCAACUAAUUCAUGGCGGACAUUACUCGCGAUUGUCGAACUGUAAUCAUACAAUCGACACACAGCGUGGGCGCGUGAAUCAACCUUUUGAGGGUCAAGCCCAGUGGUGAGCAGGCGUCGGACCACAUGUCGCUUGCUUCUGAUUGCAACAUGGUUAACUACCGAUGGCAAAGGAUUCACAACUGACCAUUUCAGUCUCUCCUGUUUCCAUCUGUAAUAAUUUUUGGGUAGCCUUCUCAAUCUUGGUUUUUUAUGCAGCUCCGGAAGUGUUCACCCCUGCAGCUCUGGCAAGGGAGAAGGGACAGGCGACCUCCAGGACGGCGGAUUCCUCCAGCGUUGUCGUCAUUCGUGUGAGUUAUGAUCUCUGUUUGCUUCUUUACUCUAUCGUUUACGCAUAGUCAAACUAUUUCAGGCGGGAGCUCGUGCCAUUUAUUCCGCAAGUGAGAUGUGCAUCCCUCGUGGUUUGCAUUCUAAUAAUAGUUUUAGACUCUAUCAAGACCCUACCUCCAUUCUUUUCUGUUUUGUACUCUCUCUCUUUCCUCCUUUAUCUUGCAGUCGACAGUAAAACCAUAGUUUCUUGCUCGUAGUUGCAGUACUUUGCGUCACUUCUAAUUUUUGUCUUUAUUGACGCUUGAAAAAGAAUGCUUCUUAUUCAGUGCAUGACAUUUGAUUCACGGGGCAGUUCGCCGAAAUUUAUUUGCUCCCAAGAUGCCCGAUUCCCGCGAAAUUCGUAAAGUCAAAGGCGUGGAUAAUCGUCCGGACAUUUCCGGGUUAUUCGCCAUCGUCAGUCGGCUACACCUCAAUCGCAAUCCCGGAAAACCUGAAGUAUUAACCGGAUCCAGUUAGUCGUUGAGUGCUAGCCUCGUCAUGUGACUGAGUAUUCUCCAUCUCUGCUUAUAAAGUAUUGACCCUUGGCUAGACCGGCAGUGAUGAGCCCGUCCACCAACUGGACCCGGAUUAACCUGACGUUUCUUACCCGGGAACCUUAAGCCGGCGUGCCAGAGAGGCAGCUGCAGAUAUUUACCUUUGGGUCCAGACACCAUGACAAACCCGUCUUCUAAACUUUGCUACCCAACCGUUGCUCGGCGAAUCGGUGCUCAACCCAGUUUCUGGACUACGGGGGAGCCAUGGUCCGCUUGCCGGGGACAGUGAUGUCUGAGACGGAAAGUUCCCGCCGUCCAGCUGAUAGCCCAGCUGUCGCAAGCGACGAGAUACGCCACUACUCAAUCAGGUUCACACUACCUUGGUUUGCAUAUAAAUGUGUUUACAGUGGGCAGACUUUUGAUGUAUCUACCUCAUCCCCUCUCCCCGCACUCUUUGAUUUUCGAUGAUAAGACACAUUUGGAGAAAACUGGAGGUAGGCGCAGACACCGGUACUGAAGAAGUUAAGCAACCUGCUUACGCGUGCCAGACAGGGCCUCGUUCUCAAAUUCACAUGGAUCGGAUUCAUUGGGAGGAUCUCUGAUCUUACUCAUGUGGGAGCGUCCUGAUGGCUGCAUUAAGAAGAGGCCUUUAAAGUGCAACUCUCAGUCUGGAAGAGGACCGCAUUAUCCCGUCACUCGGUAGUCCUCCAAAUCGUGACUGUUAACACGCCUUGCUAGUUUGCGAACACUGGAGAGCGCUGGCUCGACCUCGCUCUUCCCUCCCCCUCCCCUGGCUCAGCGAAAUUUCUAAGCCUUCCAGUCGAAUGGCGACGAAGCUACGCACAAUGGCUGACGUGGCGUCUGCCUUCGUCUAAUCCCUGCACGCAAGGCAAUAACUAGGGGGCUCGAGCUGACUCAGGGCAACUCCACAAACUCAUGCCAUGAGGUAGCGUAACCUCUGAUUCGGGCCUUUGAAAAAACAGCGCAGGCCAACCAUUACAGCAGCAACAACAUCAAUCAUCUGAACGGCGCGUAUUUACGUCAGACCAUCUACGAGGCCUAUGUUGUCUGGCGCGGCAUACAGUCAGUGCUGACCUCGUGAAAUGCUAGCUGAAAUUCUGAACUGCGUUUUCGAUUGGGGAGGAGUCCUUAAGUUGGGCUGCGAUAUUGACUGGCUUGCAGCAGAAUCUCAAGAUAUUCCAGCCGCGCUAGGAUGUUGACUUUCGAAUGUACUUCUUCUCGGCCGCCCGCGAAAACCUCACUGGGUAAAGAUGUCUGCUUAAGUAGUCGAAAUUUUAGCACUGAUUUUAUGGAAAAUGUGUAAAAAAAACAUCCAUUCAUGUGCUCACUUGGUAGGAAAGCGCUCGAAGAACUAUCUUUCGGUUUUAACAGCGUCUUUAAUAAUGAGAUUUCGCAAAGCCUUGCUGUGUCAAAUCAAAUGGCGUCGUAUCUAUCUGUUUAUUAAUAUCCCUUAUACGAUGUACAGUAUAGUUUACAUGCACUUCGGAAUCUUAUAAACUGUAUAGGUAAUCUUCUUAAUGGCAUAGAAGAGUGGAGGAUUCUCCUGACACGAAAAGUAUAUAGCUUGUGGACUGGAAAACCUGAAUGCUAGUGUUAAGUACGAUAGAACUCAAAAUUUUUCGGAAGUUGAAUAAUUUUUAAGGGACGCAGUGUGUGACCCAACUCUGCACAUUAUCUAUUACUUCCUACUGAUUCUUACGACGGUAGCGUUGUUUACUUUGGGUACACUGUCUACCUUUUUCAAGAUAACACAAAUUUCCGCUUAAAUAUCGCAUUCAGCUUAUUUGUCGGUCGAUAUACACGCCAAUUUGGUAUACUUUACCUUCGUUGGCCACCUUGGCGACUCCCUGUGUUCCACUGUCCUGCAUCAUUAUGUCGUGCCGUUGGGUCAACGUUCCCGCUUUACUCUUAUGGGGUUCGGCAACGUCAUUUGUCCUUGGGUUUCUAUUGGCUAUUUCACUGCCUUGAUCUCUGAACUUCGUGUCUUAUUGUGCAGGCGCUAUAUUUAGCUUCCUUUGGGCUUUCGCUGUUAAGUUUCGCCGAUAUUCAAUUUUCCGGGUCUCUUCAAGGUGACGCGUGGAUCUUCUUGAACCUAUUUACGAAAGUAGAACUCCGCCCCUUUCCAUUGUUUUUUUCCCAUCCAUAUAACCCCUACCUCCACCGGCCCCGUAAUGCAUGAUGACCCAUCCUCCGCAUUCUGGAUGGAGUCGCAUAUUGCGCCGUUGCCAAAACUUUUUAAACCUGAACAAACCCCUUCUUUGAGCAUUAAAUCUACAGAAACGGUUUUCUGCCAAGUUGAGUACAAGAAAUAAUAUUUGUGUACCAGUUUUCUAUAAAACAUAUUCAAAUCUAUAAAUACGUGGAAAAUCGAGGGAAAAAGCAUACUGCCUAGGUAACCUAUGCUUAUCGAGCGUGGCAUUUGCAGGCGACCCGAGUGAACUGUAUUAAAAAACCGACAUCUUGGACUGUCUGAAAUGUCUUGGGUUUGUGCUGCACGAUAAUAAAUGUUGUAAUCUAACUUAAGUAAUCCGUCCUGGUCGAAAAUGCAUUACAACAAUUCGGUUGACAUCUCAUGAUAUCGGGUAGUGAUUAUAUAUGAAGGCUACUUCAACUAGUUCGUGGAACUGGCGUUCGUGAGGCAGGAGCGAAACAUCUGUCACCCACUGCGUCCAACCACGUCCUUGCAGUCUCGACGCUGACAGAAGGUAAGAGUGGGAAGGGGGAUUUAGGACGGAUGCUAUGCGAGUCUUGUUCAGUAAUAUCCAGUCGAUACGCACGCAGACUACUAAAGUGCCUUAAACGUCUGGAUUAGGUGGUUGCAAGUUGUGAGGAGUGGGAACCAGGCUUUAUUCGAUGACUUACGUGAAUAUUUCUGGUAGACAGGCGCUCACGGAUCAGGUUUUGGGUCGUGAUCAUCCCGCUGUUGGUUAGGGAUCAGUCUAGAACCUUCGCACGGCGACUAAUAGUAAAUGCAGAUAAGGUACCAUAGGUAAUAUUUCCGACCACAAUCCACAGGCAAUAGUUUCGUGGCUGAAUGUUAGAAUGUUGGACUAACUAAUGUUUAAAUACCACAUAACGCGGUUUCGAGCCCCAGUUUCUCUCGUACUUACGGUUGGGUAUGGCUGGCUGAUGACGGCUAACAAGUCAGAAAUGACCACCCUCGUCCUUUUCGGUACUGUCUUGAAAAUAUCCAUGUCCGAGUGCGCAAAGUAGGGUUUGCUUUGUAAUAUUUCCGCCAUUUGUCUGCCAUAAUCGGCGACGGCCAUAUUCAUAGCUGCGAUGGGGAUUAAUUCCUCGCCUGUUCUUGUCCAGCCGAUGCGGUUACCAUGGAGUAGCCACUGCUCCCAUUACAGAGUCGUCGGCCUAGGCGACGCCGGGGUUAAAUGAUCGUAACUGCGGCUUGGCAUCUGGCUCCAUCGUCAACUCAUCAGAGUGAAGGGUUGGCAUGUGUCUGGCAGACGUAAGAAAGGGUAGAGAUCCGUUACCUUGACCUGCUUAUAUUAUUGGGACGUUUGCCCAUUAUUGACCGCGCUGCAGAUGGGCUGAACCGAAACGCGGAUCAGACUGACUCACGCCAUGAGUUUGUCGAUCUGCGUCGAGUCCGUGAAAGCCAUAACUACUGUCGAACAUAUGUAUUGUGGCUCGUCUUAGGCAUGGACCUUCACAUAGCGUCACCUACUGAGUCCACUCUCAUUGAUAGUUGCUUGACAGACUCGGACAGUCGGCUGGAGAAUGGGGCGGGGAAACCCAUCCUCAUGAUAUGUCAGCACCUUCUUCACCAUAGUAAAUAUAACCCGCUUGAAUCUAUCGAAACGGACUGCGACUCCGGUUUCAAUGGCCCCUUAAUGUGACCCUUAGGAUACUGCCCUUUAUGUGAACCCCGAGCCGCCUGGCGCAGGUGGACUGGUGUCCGGGUAUGCCGUUACACGCGAUACACAUGAACUGUUCAGCUUUGUCAGUCAUUGCUCCCCGACUCACCUCCGGUUGUCUGGACAUUGUCUUUCCGCAUGGCCUAUGUGGAUGAGGAAAGUAAGGGCGCUGCAGAUGCUGUGAAAAUCCGCUACCAGCAUAAACUAACUCACCCUCCAGUCGCCGGUGCAGCGCCCAUUAUGUGGGGCACGGGAUGGAGAUCGUCGUUGUCAGCACUUGAACCACGGUGUAACGUGGUGGAAACCAGGAGAGAAACGGAGAGAAAGGCAGGUCAAGGCGAUCCUGGCAAUUCUCCUUCGCCAUAAUUCAAUUAGCGUCCAAGUAUCCACUGUCUCGCCCCCCCCCCUGAUCCAGCUUGUAGUUGUCAGUGUUCAACACGAUAGGAAAACUGCCGCGUUUUCGUCAUCGUUGGUAACUGCCGUGACUCGUGUACAAGCGGCCUGUUCUGAGCGCAGUUAAUUUUCACCCACACCUACUCCAACAGACAUUUAGUUUGCAUUGCAUUCUCACCUCCAGCAUUCACUCCCGAAAUGCCUAUCUCUUAAUACUCAACAUCUUGGCGACAGGGCGUGGACAGCCGACACUAACCCAGUCGUUUCCCAGCAGUCGAGGGAUUUGAGGUUGCGAUUUUGUGUCUAUCUCCUCCGCCUUCUCUAGGCGGUAUUCAAAAGCAGUCCAACUGUUGGCACUACUACGCAACCAUAUGCUCAAAAAUAAUGCAUCAUGUCGUCGAUUUUUCAUUCUCGACGAGUAAUACUGCUCACUUUUUGUCCACUUACAGAAGGUUCAUGUGCCGAAGAUGGACGAAAACUUUGUUGACUCCUUCUUCGGAGUGAAGAAGUUGGAUGAACUCAUUGAGGAGGAUGAGAACGAGGGGAAUGUUAGCCAGACAGCUUCUUCAACACCCGCUCCACCGCCCAGUCUUGAGUAUUCGGAGGCUCCCCUUGGGUAAUGCAGGUUGUACUGAUGAUUCUAGCUUUCAAAACAGUCCAUCACAUGUUCCGCCAGAACCCCCCCCCCGCUGUAGUUCAUCGUGAAUUAUUACCUUCUAUGUUCACAUGUGGACUAUAUGUUUACAUCCCACGCUAACUAAAGAGUUCACCUAAAACUUGAUGAUGGGUAGGUUUUUUAACAAAACCUGUGGCACUCUUUUAUUUCGACUGUUCAUUUUGCAAGCUUGGUUUCUGAAGGAAGGAAUUUUCGAACAACCCUGUGCUACCCCCGAUAAGCCAGUCGUUCUGUGUGAAUUCUACAACUUUCAAGCCGAGAAUUGACAAAGUGAGUGAGCUCCUUCAGUUCGGCCACAGUCGGACUAAUAUAGGCGUUUUUAUCGUGACAAAAAUUACCUCAAAAGGAGUUUUGCCAGUAGAGGACCAAGAUGCGCAUUCGAGUCCUGUUCGAUUAGUCGUAUUUCAUGGCUGAAUCCAAGAAAACGGUGAUGUAUAUCGUACGGCUAAACAGGAAUUAUAAAAAAACAAGAAUGCCGGCCUCGGUCAGUUCGUGACUGAUGUCUUUGAGACUGUGUUCAUGUACCACGACGAUCAAAGCAUGAAUCAUAAGCUGAUCGGGUCACAUGACUGUCAACCAGGUGCGGCAAAUCGGUCGUAAGGAAUAAGUCAAGAAGCUGGACGGAGACUAAUACGCAGUAAGCACCCACAACCAAGCUACUUUCUGUGCAACAACGUCAACAAACAGCAGGCUUGUUUUUGUGUUCAGGUAAGUUGCGAACUGCGGCAGAAUAUGUAAACAAGACCAGGGUGCGUGUCGGUGUGCUCGUAUUUAGUUCUUGAGAGUCUGUAUCCGUGCUGGCCUCCGAAAUUGGUUGUUCGGUCGGGUGUUCGUGCUUACUUGAUCCCUAGAAUUGCGUCGAUGGCCCUCUCAGUGCCAGCCCAUUUUUGGCAAUUAUAAUGAUGCCAUCCGACGUGGCAGCUUGCCGAGCGUGGGGGCCUGCAAGCUCAGGGGGACAGCAGCCCCCAUGGAACGGCAGAAUAGGGUCCCGUCCUCCUUAGAGCGUAUGCCACUUGUUUUCCCCGCCCCCCUCCCCUCCCCCGUUAACGACGUCAUCAUGUUUGAAAUUGUUCCAUUGUUAUUGUGUGCGCCCUUGCGCGGAUUAUUUCUAUCCAGAGGCGGACUCUUCAAGCGGCCCCCAAAGCCUUCGAGUCGACCCCCCUCUCGGGCACAGAAUCCCAUUCGUCUCCUCCGCGAACGUGAGGACCUGCUGGACGAGUAUGAGGAGGUACGGCAUCAGACGCCAACACCUGACCCCUCCAUCUCCGCCAGCGCCGUCGUUGCCAGGAUGGAAGGCAAAUUCACGCCUUGCCAGCGUCUUCUUACCAGUUCAGGAUGUGGAUUCACCUCUACACCCUCAAGUAAGUGUAAUGUCGGGACGCAGACAUUUUGCUUUAGUUACGAUAACGCUGCUGAUGAGAAGAAUAGGAAGGACGACGAGAAGGAUGGUGAGAACGAUGGCUUCGCGCUGACAUCAGGCAGUAAGUGUAGUUCUAGGACUAAAGGAUUUGCGUUCUUGACUACGGGUUAGUAGCUAUGACGGAGAUGAUAACGGAGGUGGUGAGGUUGCUGAAAAUUUUGAUGACGACGAUCAUGCCAGGAGGAAUAAGAACGACUACGGAGACGAUGAACGUGGCGACGGUGAUGAUGAUGGUGACGACGAUGAUGGAGUUGAUAGAGCUGCGGUGGUGGUGGUGUUGGUGGUGGUGGUGUUGGUGGUGUUGGUGGUGGUGGUGGUGGCGGCGGCGGUAAUCACGUUGGUGUUGAGGAUAUUUUAGAAGUGUUAGAAAAACAUUAAUACCGAAAGGAAAAUUUUGUAUCUCCACAGUUUCCGGCUACUAAAAUGGAAAGGGACCCUGUCUCGCUCCAGAUUGUCACUUCGACCUUUAAAUGUGGACAAAUUCUUGUAAAAUAGUUGUUUGCGUAAUGAGUAUGACCGAUUCACAGUGGUUUGAGCUCGACUUAUGUGGUCUCCCAACAUUCCACUUGAACCUUUUCAGGGAACCACCAGUUUGCCCAACGACAGUUUAGGUCGUUGAAUAUUAAGAGGGGAAGCCGUCAUGAGUGCAUUUUACAGUUGGUCUUCCUAUCCACGAAUUCUCAUUUCAGACCCCACUACGGAAUCCGGCACUCUGACAAGGUCUCCCAACGCGAUUGCACUUGCUAGAGCAGCUAGUUACGAUGUAAGAUAUCUGAACUCGCCCGUAAGAUUAAGCGACUUUUUGGCCUCCACUGCCCGCCGGGUGCAGAACUUUCGUGAGAGCGAAACUACUCUAAUGAUCACUGCCUACCUUCAUUAGCCAGGUACGAAGAUUUGCCUGUAUCUUUCGAGAGUACGUGAAUUUGAUCGCUGCCAAAUCACCUCCACCAUGAUUAAGUGUUGAGCUACUCCUCGGAGAGUAGGCCAAACAAUAGGUGGACUGUAUCGUCGGAAAAGCGGCUUAUCUGGUCGACGUUUCGUAUACAAAUUUGAACCGAGCGACCGCAGAUCGUCGGCCCGAGUCCAGUCAGCAGUAGGGCAGUUAAUCACACGGGCAGACCGUGAAUGAGCAACCCUCCAUCAGAAGGGCUGUCAAUAGAUCAUUCGUCCUACUUUCAUCGUAAGGAAUGAAGACGCCGCCAUUGAUGGUUCAAGCACAGCCUCCUAACCCUUGGGUAUGCGAUUGUGUAACAACUCCUCUAGUGACUCCCUUUGUGCCUUGACGCGGUCACUGUAGUGGCCUUACCUUAGUCAAAGCAAUCUCCAACUGCAGUGCAGAAGAAGGCGGAGAAUGGCUGUAAGAGUGCCUGGUUUGGAUGUUAGAAGCGACAAUUUACCCCCUUCUGUGCAUGCUCCGCAGCCGAGGAUGCGCAUGAGUUAGUGGUUGUCAUGUGUGCGGGAGAACAUGUGUCAGCAUAAUCAAUGCAUCCAUUAGCUGAGCUUACUGAAUUGCUGUUACUUGUGACCAGUCCCCGUGUCUUAUUCAUUCUAGAGCGGUGAUUGUUUAGGCCUUGCCAUUUGAUGUGGCCGCCAGCUAGAGACCAGAGUCUGAGGUGUGAUCAUACCUACGGCCCCACAUCGAAACUACAAUAAGGGUGUUGACGGGGGGACAAACGAUGAACCGGCUGGGGUGGUUUGCAUGUCUCGAUUGUGAAAGGAGUUCCUACCUGUUGUUCAAACCGAUUACACCGCCAGACGCCGUAGCCUGUGCAGAAGUUCAGGUGAAACAGUUGAAGGAGAGUUAAUUGCCAUGUUCUUGUUAACGUUUGCCGCCGAGUUGUCAUGGACAGAAACGCUCCCGACGCUGUGUAUAUAAGUGGUUGUCAAUUAGUACUUUCACGGUAGUGCAAUCGUCAAAGCCGAACGCUUGAAGUUUAACUGAUUGAGAAGCAGAAAGACACGUUGCAUGUCUAAAGACCUACCGUAAUUGAUGGUUUUAUGGCUGGGAAAAGUAGGAGGUGCGCCCUUCGAUACUGGCACAAAAAACCAGGGUUAGAGUCAUUGCUCUGCCGUACAUCAAAAUUCACGACAAGACGUUGGCAAUCACGUUCCCUUUAUCAAUGGUACUAUAAGUUACCCAAAUAAACCAAAAAAUAGAAGUGAUAUGGGGAAUUUUAUGACGAUGUGGACAGGUUUUUGCUUGUUCCAUUCACGUCAGGGUUAAUAUAGAUGGACAAUACACUGGAACUGUCUGCUAAGUUGUGUGAAGUAGCAAAAGACAGGGGACAGAAGUCGGAAAUUUAUUUAACAGAAUUGGGCGAGUCGUAGUUGACAAGAAGAUUGAGGGUGUCAACCAACUGUGCGCGUCGGUAAACUCGUACGUUGAGGGAGUGCACGCUAGACCCUUUAGAAUUUUUUAUUACGAGCUCAAGAGAACGUCUACCAGUGUUGGUUCAUCGAUUUAUCGAGUGGUUUAACUAACUGAAUGGGCAUAGCUUGUGCGUAAUUAACAUGAUAAACUGCGUCCGUAUGUACAAAGAGUGCCAGUUUAGGUCUCCGUUUACUUUAGUUAUCAGGUGGAAUACGAAACCGAAAAUUCGAGUUUAUAAACCCGUUGUUCCAGCAAUCGUAUCGGUCUCGCCUCAGCUCUAGCCUGAAACAUCCUUUCGCAUGGACCGACAAUGUAGACUCUUAAGGCUAAAUCCGUAAACUGUUGCCGCGGUGACUAGUUCGACUCCCGACCUCCACACUUCCCCCUCCGACGCUUUACCGAUUAAAUUGUGACAGCAAAACCCGAUGACUGCACUAAUUUAGUAAUAAGUCAAUAUAUGUGGAGUGAAAGGCGACUAGCCUUGAGAACUGUCCUCAAGUUCCACCGUAUCAGAAAUAUCUAUUCUAAAACGGAGAUUCAAGAUAGAGUUAUGAAUGACGUAGUUCUGCCCUUAAACCGGAGCCCAAAAAUUGAGCACACUACAUCAUGUCUGUUUUUCGUCUUAUUGUCGUUGCACCCUCCCGCUUUUAAAAUUACACCCCUCAACUUAGUUCCAACUGCGCGCACGUAGGUCACCGUGAAGACUAUUCUCAAAGGCGCGGAUGAAGUAACUUUUUGCCAAACCUGGACUGUAAUUCGAGCCGUCAGUCGCUGAGACCUCGCCUGAACGCAUGUAUGUGAACACAAGUCGUCAAGUUUCUGCUUGUGGGAUUCUGUCACACACGCUCACGCACUUUUGCAAGUUUGUCGCAGUUGGAUGCCUCUCCUGACAUAUGUCGGUACGAAUUUCUCUCUCCUGCGCAGACUCCUCUUUAUCAAGAGGUACUACCGGGACGGUUGACAUGACUGUUUCCGGCUUGUGUACUAUCGUCGACCGGCUAGACUCCAAUCAUAGGCCGGGAAGCUCUGAGGUUGUUAAGUGAUACAUAACCCCCCUCGACGCCACCGACCAUCGCCAAGGCCAACCAGUGCGCGCAGAUCGCGACUCUCUUGUCGCCCAAGACCGGGAUAUGUCGUGGCUCUCCGGCAGUUGUUACGUUAAUUUUGAACCCAGGCCCAAGUGCUCAUUUAGAUAGACUCCCUUAACUGAGUCAUAGGCUCAGGUUCCAGCAGCAGCGGUCGAUAAUGCGCAAGGACACUCGGAUAAGUGCUGUCUAUUCAGUGAUAAAUAAUUCCGAAAUUAAAGGUGUGCUGCGUUCUUUCUCUUUUCAUAUGCAUUUGCGCCGUUUUAUCCGGACUGUUCCGAAGAGGUGGGCAAAGUCAAACCAGGAGGGAUUUUGGUCUCCAUCUUUACAUGGUCAAGGUCCUAGUUUCAUUACUGACAUGUAAUUGAUUGGUCACUGCUCCCUAUUUAUAGCCCACGUCGACGAGAACGCACACUUGAGUGAGACGGCCUUAGCUGGCCUGGCGAGUUUCGAAGAUUUCUCUUCAAAGAAAAGCACCUUACGCCAGGUGUCUGAGGCGCCCGAGGCUCCCCUAACAACCUUUCAGAGAACCCUGAUCCCCCACAAGGACAAGAUGCUCAUUCACGUGAAGGGUAAGUCAGCAUUCUCCUCCGCGCACGCCACAGUGCAUCCAUUGGCGACUGGCUUUCCUCUAUCUCUUGCAUUAAUUUGGAACUUGUUAAACGUAACACCCUGUUAAAUUUGUAUUUUCUUCUCCACCCCAAAGGUCGUCGUCAGGUUCAGGUCCGGUUGGUGCAACCGGUUGCGGCCUCUGUGAACUCUGGCGACUGUUUCCUCCUCCUGUCCGAAACGGACCUCUUCGCGUGGAUCGGUCGCUUUGCAAACGUCGUGGAGGUGAACAAAAUUCGCGACCUGGCAGCCUGGAUUGCUAAAACUCGCGACCUCGGAUUUCGGGGUUCCCGCCUGCACAACACUCCCGAAGGCUACACGGCGAUUGAGGAGAGCAGGACCACCGGCCAGGUGGUAGAGGCAUUUUGGCGGGCUCUUGGCGCUGCUGACGACACCAGACCAAAUGGUACGGCUGUUUCCUCUUAUUAUCCUUCAUUUUCUCUAGCCCUUAUCUGUACUCCCUUGCUUCGCACUCCACGUCAAAAUUUCCCCCUAUUUGCGUCACGCUUCCUCCCCCAGCGCCUCUUUUCAUUCGAAUCCCCUCCCCGACCUGCUUUAUAUUCACAGUGUGCUUAGUCGAGUGCCACUUUUUUCUCCAAGUUUCCAGUUAUUUCUACUACCAUGUGGUAUGACAUACUUCCAAUUUACGUCAGCAAAGCGCAUGAGGAUUCCAGGAUUCGGCGUUAAAAACGAAUGACCUGUCACCUGUCGUUGUGUUUCCAACUCCCCCUCCCUCCUGCUCCUCCUAAAUUGGGUCGAGGAGGGAUGAGCUGAACGACUCCCUUCUGAACCAGAUGCAUGUGAUUUUGACGACAGAUGGGAGAACAGUGACAGCAAUUGCUUCCCGUUUAUUCCCAGAAACCUCUCCGGGUUCAACUCGAGAAAGAACCAUUAUUUGAGCUUGGAAAGAGGUCUCCCUUGUCAGUACUACCAUAUCCCUUUGCUAGAACACAGAUUGCCCGGUUUACUGUUUUGUUAACAUUUUCAGCUACCAGGUUGGUGCAUAACAAAUUUCGGUUCUUGGAUGUAUACUUUAAGAUUGUACAGCUCGACCGGGAUGAACUGUUGACAUAAACAAGAGUCGUUAGAAUCUGCGCACUUUGUCCGAUGGAAGAAAAGUUCAUAUAUUCUGCCACGACAGAAUUUCUGAAUUCUAGACUCCAUGAGUUCUUUAAAGGUGUUUUCAGCUGCUGCUUGAAUGUGGAAAAUUCUUUCUAGUCAGUUUUUGAGCUGCUUGAAAAAACAAUAGUCUGUUGUUGGGAUUAGGCUAAAUGAUCGUCAUUCCGCAACUCAAUUUUCCAAACUACUGGAAUUUUUUUUAUGAUAGAGUAUUGUCAUGGGGUAAAAAUAGCGCCUCCGAUUGAUCAACUUUGGGUUUCUAUCGGACAUCAUCUGAACAUUUCAUCGACUUAAUGGUAGUACUCCUCUGCAGUGCUGAUGUCAUCUGAAGUCAGGAAUUUGUGGCUGACGGUAUAAAGUUCAUCAUGCUCCUUUUUGGCUUAACAUCGGUUAGGGGAGAUGUUUUACUACUUCGCUGCCACAGAACAACAGUGUCAGUCCCUGUCUGCAGGGUAGAACUAACUUAUGUGGCCUCUUAAACAGGACAUGGAAAAAGGAACGCCCGCCCAACUAGUAGAGGUGGACCUUUUUAUAAUUCUGAAAAGGUUAAACUUUUCUCGGGUCCUAACCCCAACAAUAGCCCUAGUAUAAAACUGAACCGUUGCCCUUAUCUUGACCCCAACCCUACCCCAAACCUUAACUUGGCAGUUAACACUAACCUCCGCCAUAAACCUAAACUUGACCCUGGCUUACCUUUAAAUCUGCCUUAAACCUAGUCCUUGACCUGACUCUAACCGUUAUUGCACUGGAAGUUGACUCAAAACCACCCAUAUCGCAGUCGGUCCGUGUUCUCAUGUCCUGUUUACAGGGCUACAUAAGCCAGUCCUAGUGUCUGCUAUGCAAAACCCACUUUUAGCCACAUAUUGCAGUCCCAUCAUAAGCUGGUCGUUUUCACUGUGCAAAAAGGUAGAGGACACACAGUGUGCUUACGAAUUUAUCUGUUUUCAGUCAGUUAAUGUGAAAUUCGCUUGUCGAGGUAUUCUACCUUUCGGGUGCAAUCCAUUUGACAUGUGUUAAGUGCUCAGCGUUCAGAGCUUUGGCCGCUGCAGCUAGAAUGCCUAGAGGAAAAAAGAAAACCGCGGUACUAGGCGCUCCAUCUCACCCACAUUAUCUCUGUCUUUCAGCAUUUUCGCUGCAAUUUUUUGCCUCAUGCUGCAUUUGUCGCAUCCACAGAUCUUUCUGUCAGUAUUGUUCUCUAAAAUCAUCGUGGACAUUUUGUAACUAGGCCUUCUACUGCUUAUUUCAGCUUCCUAUUCAUCCCUACGGGAAAAAUAGUCCAGUUUUUUAAAGACCUCGUCGCUGUACGCAACUUCCCCCUUACGCCGUAAACUAUUUUCAGCCUGUGGACCGUCAGAUGAGGAUGUCAUCUACGAGACCGUAAUGCAACACACCACCCGUGUGUAUGAAGUUCUGGAGGACCGACUGGAACCCGUGUCAGAGGCCUGGGGUGUCCCCUUGCGGGUCUCACUCCUGAACUCGAAAAAGGUACCUCUUUACGUCCAGUGAAUUUUAGUGACCCUUCCGACUUUGGGUGCCAGGCUUGUUGGGGUAGCAGUCCAGUUUUUCCUCAGCCUGCGAUCGCUUCCGCUUGACUGCCAGCUUGUCCCGACAGAGAUGCCACACCGUCCAUGGGCUGUUGGCAAUCGCGGGGAUAGAGGUUUGCAGUAGAUGGAAUGUUAACCGAAAUUCUAAAGUCUGUUUUCAGUAAGAAAGAAUUAUUUAAGUCGGGUUGUAAUGAUGAUUAUAGUGCUGCAUAAUCUAAAGAUGUUUCAGCUAGGCCAGAAUGCUGGCUUUUGAAUACGUGCCCUUUCAGCCGUGAAAAAUGACGGCUUUACUGGCAAGAUCUUAUGUACUGAUUUUCACUACUCUUAUAAAUUGAAACAUAUUUUAUAAAAAAAUGCCGGAAAUACCCUUUCUCAUAUUUAUUUGAUAGCCAAUCACGUCUUCGUCAAGUGUAUACUCGAAGAAACGGUACCUUUCGGGUUUAAAAAAUUUUUAAAUCCUCAAAUAAUUUGGAACCCAGUCUGCCGUUGCAUUUAUUUUUACGGUUUUCAGUCUACACGCUGUAUUCUUUUCCUCUAUGCCACUAAGAAAACACCAUACCAGGUCCAUAAAAUUUUGCACUGGACUUGAACUAUGUUGUAUACAUCAUAAAGUGCAUUAAUAAACUAACAGAUACGAUGUUAUUUGCAUGCAAAGCUGAGGGUCUUCAACUAUCCCAUAAUUACAGCAUUUUGAACCGAAAGCUACAUUUCUUCGAAGAGAAAAUUUGAAGAAGACGUAGUUUGUACAAAAUAACUCCAUGAAAGGAUGGUUUUGUGCAUAUGUUCCGGAGAAUACAAUUUGGUUUACAAUGGCAUAGAACAUUAAAUAAAAAUAGGCAUUUAGGGAACGAAGUAUCGGCAGGCGACUCUAAAGACAUGUAUUUCAGAGCCGGGAUCCUGGUGUGGCUGAAAUGUCUUGAAAUUAUGCGGCAGUAUAUUCGGUAUUACAGCCGCACCGCAGUAAUCCUUUCUAAUCGGACUCACACUUCAGAAUUUCGGUUAACAUUUCACCAAAUACGCCACUUACUGUACACACGCACACAAGAGCUCUAAUUUACGAGAAACCGUUGCUUCGUAUGUGAGCCAAUAUGCACUUUUUUGAAAGGGAGGGGGGGAGAGUUGGACGAAUUUGCCUUCGGAAUGACUCACGACGCACCGAACCAAGUUGAUCGGCCUGGUCGGCGCCAGUGCCGGGUCUUCUAUUUCCUUAAAUUGUUCGUGUCUCAACUAUGAACCUGGAAGUUCUGUGCUCUCAGCCGGAUCCAGUUACUUGAAAAUGAGCUGAAGUUCAGUGCUCCAACAUCUUUGAUCCAAAAAGUCACAUAUGGUGACUCAGGGUAUGGUGGCCCAGGAUAAACACGCAGAAAAUCUUGCUCACAUACCCAAAAAAACGAAACACACUCUGGUUAGGGUGAGAGUGUUUUACCUAAGUAUUCAUUUUCGUUCGGUCACAAGAGUAUAGGGAGUGAUUAUACUUUUUAAGGUGGGUGAUUAAACGAAUUCUCAAGCGCUUAAUUAUUUAUCCGCCCUUGGGGACAAACUAUACGAGAUAAAGCGAUAUUUCCUCACAGAAGCUAUAUAAUAUUAGUUUUAAAACUUCUCUUCCAAACGUGUAAGCAUAUGUUACUAAAAUAGUGCCACAGUCCCUACCAUAUGCGCAGUUUGCGGCUUUUUAACUAGAGUUCUACUACAUACGCAGCACUAUGAAAGCUUUGUGCCCCACAUGUUUGCACUUUGAUCCACCAAGAGGUAAAAGCUAUUUUUCACCUAACCUCAUUCGUCAGGCGUCAUAGAUUUGGAUCUAAGUACGAUACUGUCUGACUACUUUGUUUGUCGUGGUUUUGUGGCGUUUGAUACGUAAUCCCCACUCCGUUGUGUGGAGCGAUAUUCUCCCUCUGCUGUUAAAUGUACACCGAAGCAAGACUUUGAUGGGAACAACUACUUACGGCCAGAUCUCAAUAGCGAGGACAGUUUACGCUAUAAAUAGCUCAUUCAGUCUUCUGCGUUGUAAGCUACGGCCAAGAAAACAACUGAAAGUCCACUGGACUGCCUGCGCAGUUAAAGAAAAAUCGACAAUUAUGGAUAUGAAGACGUCUCCUUGGAGUUCUUACAUUUUACUGUGCUGAAACAAUGGGAAUACGGACCUGUAUCCUGUGUCCUUCUCGGCUAACAGAGUGCCUAAGAUACCUGUUUCCUGUCUAUUGAACGAGACCUUAAAUCGUAGAUCCUGUCAGCUUCUCCCAAAGCAGGAAUUGGAGAAGCGUCCUCAAACAUACCGCUUACUUAAGGUGUCUACCUAGGCAAUCUUUUCAUCCCUGUCGAGUCCAUUAUUUAAAUACAAUUUCCGACAUACUCCGUUUUUUGCAAAAUCCGUGCAAUUUUGCCCUUUUUGUGUUUACAGGCGUUCGUCUUCGAUUUUGGAUCGGAAAUGUACCUCUGGACCGGAAAUCAAAUUUCCCCAAGCAUCCGGGCGGCGGGAAUUGAACUCCUCCAGCAGGCGUACGCCGAACCCUAUGAUUACUCCUGCACCAAGACAAAUCCCCUCAACCCCAUGGGAGGUAGGCUGGCAAUUACCGUUCUAUUUUAACUCUUUUUCCCUGUUUUUUGACAGUACUAACCCGUUAUCACCAGUUGAGACACUCCGACUAUCUAGCAAGACAUCACCGUCAUUGCUACAAGGGUGAACUCAACUCCAGGCUGUGCCCCUUGCAAUUGCACAUUUGAAGUACGCGUUGGUCAGAUCGAUAACUUGCAGUGCCAUCGUACUGAGACCGGCAGCCCCCUCAGUGUCUGCAGCCCCUCCAUGCACUCCUCGUUUUCGUCCCUCCUGUCCACACUGCCCCAGGACAUUCGGCUAUCGUAUGAACCUGUUCGGCCAAAUAUGCCUCCACGAAGGUCCUAGGUAAAAAAACCGCAGCCCGGACGAUAUCACAACACCUCGUCAUACUUACUCACGCACAUAUGCCAAGACUACUUACGAACUUACUCCAUAACAAACGCAUAUAUGUCACCCCCGUGACACAUUAUUUCUCUCCCGCAGUAAGCAUGCAAUCUGGUUUGUCGCCGCUGAUAUGACGGGCAAAACGUCGCCCGCCAGAGCAUGUGCAUCUCACUUAGGUAGAGGCAUAUUCUUUUCCGCGACCUAGCGCAUAAAGUGGGGACCAGGUCGCGUGGGAAGCGCAAACGGGUCGUUUAGUUUUGACAGCCUGGGCUCAUAACCAGUUGCCUGAUAGGUGCCUGAGCGAAGGGGAGAGUAAGGUCAACACUGGAAAAUCCAUCUUCACGGCAAAUAAGUACAUUCCUCACCACAACACAUUUGAUGCACUUGAAUCAACCAUGACGCGCUAAGAGUCCUGGCUCGGAAGAUUAUCAGCUGAGAGGAUAACUCGGUCCUCAUGGAAGUAUAUUGGAGGGACUGGAGAAAUGAGUAUCCGACUGUAAUGUCUCCUUAUCAGCAUGGUUUUUGUGGUAUUGUCAUUCAAACGAGAUCUGUGUCGUCCCUACAGAGGCCUGGUCGACGUAGGAGGAAUCAUACCAUGUGUGGCAUGCGUAGACGGAUUGUGUGCUUCGUCAGUCGCUGCAUCUGCUUCUCCCUCCUCCGGUCAUCUAUGGACUAUCUUGCCAUUGGGGGAAUGGGGGGUGAAGGGAGUGAGGGAAUGUGGUGGGUGACGUGCACUCUGUCCCACUAGAAACAAAUAAGCACGCAAGCCACUGUUGCUACGCCCACUCCAUGAGGCAAAGGGGUGAGCAUCGUUGACUGCGACGGCCGAGCUGGCACUACUUCACAGCUGGCCGCUCCUCACUCCACGACCGCCUGUGAUUCGGAGUUUCGAGGCCAAAUGGGACACACCCAUUCCCUCCCUAAACUGCGCCCCCUCGGUGAACGCUGUCCUCACGUGAAUUCAAAGAGGUUCACCUGCGACCAAUGGAGUGCACGACCGUUGCCAAACCGGUGGAACAUUAAACUCACCAAGCAGCUCGGCUCAUCUUCGAACCCCGAGACUUUCCAAUUCGUGUAUAGUUUUUAGUUGGCUGUCAGUACUAAAUAGAUGCGAAAUGGUCUUUUCAGCUUUUCAUGUCCCUUUUUGACGGUACUUACUGCUUCCAAGCUAGCUUUGUAACUGCGAGCUCUCCCCUUUGAACUCAUUUAACAGGGUCAUCUGUGUACUUUUGCCCGUUGUUAAGCCAGCCUUUUUUGUCCCUUUUAAAACCCACGAGAGCAGCCCUGGAUAAAAUGCCCCCGUCCACUGGUUAACAUUUUCAAACAGGCUAAACUAACACGUAUGCACCAACGUCACUGUCCAUUUGCGCAGCACGCCCCUCCUUAGUGGGUGCCUUGUUCAAUGACGUCUGUUGGAUUGCAUUUUUUCCAAUAAAAGCACCACGUGCACAUUCAAAGGUUUGCAUAGUGCCUGGGCAUGUCUGACCGUCAGGCGAUCGCAGACAAGGACUGGUACGAACCCUUCACGAUCGCUGUGAUCUCCUGUUAUCAGAAAAUUGCUCGAGAGUCAGGCUACUGACAUGUACGAAAGUAAACUAAAUAGGCCUAUUGAAUAUAAAGUACGUCCUUGAUUCAGGCAGUCCAUGUCCGUUGGGCGGUUUAGUAAACAGAAAAUCACUUGCCUAUGAGCAAUAAUUUCGAAAGAGAAAGUCUGCUGAAAGAGUGGAGAAGAUGAAUGCUCUUUAGUGCAUUUGCGCAAAUGUCUAACAAUGAGGCAUUGCAUGACUUUUAUUCAAGAGGCAGAUUAUGAAAUCAGUACAUGUGGAUGCUGAAGGGUGUUUGUGUUCGCUUCGACUUUCCUCAGACAGUUUGCGAAGUGAAGUGUUGUUCGGCUACCUUGAAUUUUCUUACACCUCCGUAACGCACUCUGUUCUGAUCCACAAUGAAGGCACUGCACCUUAAUUUUGCAACCCCAAACGCCCUCCUCGCAGUCCACUGAAUCAAGUCAAUUGCUUACUUCCACAGGUUGUUAUGGAAGUUGUACUCGCCGCAAAAGCGGAUUUCAAGGAGAGUUUCUGACAGUGUUCAAAUCUCACCUUAUAGGUUUUGAUGACAGCGGGCUUUUCAUAACAUUCAACAGCAAUUGGCUUAUGAUGUUACUCAUAGUUCGUCUUCCUAUUAACGGUUGGUUUGCUAAAUUCUUUCAACCACUUUUACUAACUUGUUUGCAUUCGUCAAUAUUGAUUGUUUGGAAAUAAAAUAUUCGCAAGUGAGAUUUGGAGUGUGGGGAAACCUCAUCCAGAUCAGUCGGCAGGCGCGAGAACUCUAAUUUAAUCAUUCGAUGUUAGAGGACUAAUUGGCGAGCAUACGUUAGCCAUCGAUAAAUUCUCCCCAGGUCCGUACACUUAUAUGCUAACGGAGUCAAUUAAAACAUAUGCGCAAUUGGAGAAAUCGAGUUAUGUUCAUCUUUUCACACAAGUCGCGCAUGUGGAAUAUGCGAGAAUAAUUGGAGGCACUCAACAUCAUUCUGGUUGGGUAGAGAUUACCAGUAUGGGAAAGAGGGUUGGAAAGCGCACGGAAACUGCAUGCAAUUAGCUAGUCAACUGGUGAAUGCAGGCUCCACACGAAGUUCUGCGCGAAUGAUACCGACUGGCGUAAGGUGAUCGCGAUCGUUUCCGCUGUUAUUGAUAGACGCUGUACCAGUUGUUGUGGGUAGUUCACUGGGACCCUAAAAUCACUCCGAAGGUUUCGUUUGGGUCGACGCGAUGCCCGAAAUUAACCACGUGCGCAAGGAAGACGUCCCUAACGCUCCUAAUUUAGCCCUUUAUCGGCCAUGCCUGGAGGUGUUUAUGCAUCCUUUUGGAUACUCGUGCGACCAAUAAAACGUGCCAUACAGAAGCAGGUAAACCUGUUUUCGAUGAACGUACUGAGAGAUCCGAACCUACCUUGGAGGCGCGUGGAGACGGCGUUCAUCCACCUGGCCUGAUUUUAGAAUAGGAUUCGGUGUUGUGUGUUAGCCUGGUGCUCCAGGCCUCGCCGAGAGUAAUUUAACAAGGAUCAGUUAGCAAUAGGGCAGGUUUCGUGGCAGAAACUGCUAAUUGAGAAGGUAAGAGGCGACAUUUGAGCCCGAGGAAAUCCCCCACCAUGUUGCCUUGAUUAUCCGCGAUCGCGGCCGACCGGUCAUGAGCCCUGGUUCAAGUGGUAGGACAGUAAGUUAAAUUAAUAAUCAAAUCGGGACUCAUUUUGCCUGGGUUUGGAUCGAAAAUAGGCCUGAGAUCGCCACUCUAGCCUGUGUUGUCUGCGUUUGUAAAAUUCCCCCUGCCUGAGACCCCUGAUGGUCGCCUCAAGGGCCUUCGUAGGUGCGCUGAUACGAGUUUCCGCAUUACGAGGCAUUUCUUCCCGCCUCUUUCGCUCGUUAAACCCAGCGGCUUUCUUCAUAGGUCCCAUUCACAUUACCAUCCCAACAACCGUCUUUGAAGAUGUGCUGGUCAUUUCGCCUUUUCGUGUGAGCAUGCCUGCCGCUCAUUUUUCCGUAUGAGUGGCUACUGUCCCUGAGCCUGUUUUCUCAGUCAGCUGCUAAUGCACUCAAAGGUACAUGCACUCUGCCCGAACUAGAGAACUAAGGCAAAUGCCACAGCGACAGUGAACAGCAGCCGACAGAAGAUAAACUUGCGUCCGACGUCCGUACUUCCUUCUUCUCCCUCGUGGGGUUAUACGUACAUCAUAACGGAGAUUCAGGUUGUAACAGGUGUUUCUUAAUGCAGUAGGAACUUUCGUCUAUGCUAUAACCAAGUGGAUGAUGUUAGAUUCGCGGUUGCUAAGCACCCAGCAUGCCUGUGACAAACGGAGGUAGAAAACAUAUGCCUCGCCAGUACCGUAGCCGAUCCUAUUUCAGUUUGUUCAUGAGUGCUGGAUUGAGAAUCUAUUGUUAUUUUGAAGCAGGCAGAUCUUCCCAGCGAAGACAGUCUCCAAAAACCAUAAUACUGUACAAAAUAAAAUUGUCAAUUCUAUUUUCGUAUGUAUGAGCGGCUGUCGCGAGUGACUCGUCUGCGAGGACGUUUUGGUGUGGUCAGUAGACGGUGUCGUCGGCUAGGAAAACAACUCAUUUUCAGAUGGACAGGCACCAUUUUCCUGCUUUAAAACAAAGGAAUAUCCACGUCGGUGUGGAGAGAGAAGUCAUGGAGGCCCACUUUCAGAAGCGUCACCUUCAUCUGCCUCUGCCUUCCAUGACGGGCUCAGAUGUUAGUUCGGAACAUCAAACAAGUAAAAUGUUUGUUUCAGCGAUCACAUCUUCUCAGUUUGGUUUGGUCUUGCCAUUGAUGAGAAAGAGAAAAGCAAGUUAAGCCGAUCGUUUGCGACUCGCGCGUGACUUUUUAUGGCGCUUUGCAAGUCGUGGCUCGGAGGGGUUCCAAAAAGCAGGCUAACUCGGUCUUACGAUAACUCACACCUAUGUAACAGUCGAAUUAUUGAGGUAGGGCUCCCCCCUGAAGUGAAGGAUUGGGAAGUGUUUGCAUACAAGAGACCGUGAUGCGUCCCUGCCCAUCAUCAGUUUUCUUGAUCCCCUUUGUCACUGGGACUUGAUGGGAGCGACAGAAGAGAGUGAGACCAACGUUUCGCCAGCCCCACUCACCGUAAGGAAAUCCUCGCGAAAACCACUUCUGUUCCCCGAGGUAUUACCAGUCCUGAUUGACUUCGCUGACAGAGCGGUGAUACUUACAUUUCAUCACUUAACUAUUUAAGGUCCCUCCUGUGAUGCUGUUUCUGAAACCAGUCUCUAUGAACCUCCGAGAAUACUGACAGCACACUAUCUGACCAACGCUGGUUCUUUAACGGCGUCUGAGCGAUUAACGGUGAUUAACGUCCUCAUUAACUUGUGUCUUGCUGACUGCACGGCCUCCCUUGGUUUAUCGACAACAGUUGCUGCCACUACUGAACAAGAGAACUUAUAGGAAGGUCGUUUGGUAGCCGAGCCUUUCUACAGAUUAGUUGAACAUCUCCUUUGAACAAUGUUAGGGAAUUUAUGCAUUGGCUGCUAGAAGCAGACCGCUUCCGGACACCAUGAACCUUGGGACUAAGAGCGUCGUUCAUUUACAUUCACUGGUGGAGCCUGUGUGUACUCAUCGUUCUACGGAGUUGCCCUCUUAGUAGCCUCUCUUUCUGCUUAGCAUUUCACAUAUCAGAUCGCAUUUUCUGGUGGCGAAGAUGGCUGGAAUCUGCAUUUUCUUGAACAGCGGGUGAUUUAUAAGUCCGCUACUGUAUGCGCUUCAUCGGUCCUGUCACUUCCUGCCCAGCGCAAAUUACUUACCGGCCUCACUCUCCCGUUCUGCCUUGUCUCUCUGCAGCCCUAAACUGUCUAGCCUCCGGACCUGCUCGACCUGACUGGACGUUGGUGGGCAAGCUGACAGAACGUGGCGAGACGGUGCUCUUCCGUGAGAAGUUCAUCGACUGGCCCGAUGGUUCCCGAUUCCCCAUGGCCGGCAAGACUGGACGUCAAAAAUCCUCGGAGGUUUGUUGGUCACUACCUCCUCCUUUAUUUUUUCCCUUGUGAUUCAUCUCCCGAGCCUCUUCGCGAUGAACCGAAUUUUGUGAUUACUGUAUGACCGCUACCGAAGGCGCGCGCUUUCGUAAAGUUAGUCCACAGGUCUAAACAGCUGCUAUAAUCGGUCUGAAGGGUUGCUAGGGGCUACACCGUCCCUCCCUCCUUCGAGCGACAAUUCAACCGUCUGAAGUACGUGAGCCUUGCAGUCAUCUGUUGGAUUCUAUGUGAAUUACUUACGAAAUCCUACUUGGGCAGUCAGCUUACUGUAUCAGAUUUGGUGGAUUCCAGACGGUGCAUUAGGUUGUGCGGGUAACUGCAGGAUAAAGGCAGGUGCAGUGACUUGGGCGUUAUUUCGUUUAUAAUGAUAGUAGAGUUGUGCUGCAUCCACCACACUUUCUCGCCUUCCCCCACCUGGGCCUGGUGUCAUGACAGAGUCGAGAAGACCGAAGGUGGGAGACGAUGCGGCUGGCCGAAUUUUGCACAAGAAAAUGAGGGUCGGCUUGGAUCCCAACAGGCUCGGCGUGAGCCUGCACCUUGGCGCACCGACACAGUCUCGCUGUUGGCCUUUGUUAUUCGUGCGCAUUCCCCGUGAAGCUUGCCGGACCCUGAUCUAGCCCCCGUGCUGGUCCAGCCCAUCUACCGCGUGGCCCGUUCUGAGGGGCAUAUUCCUUCGAACAGGCUAUCUGCAAGCACAGCCGACCUUUCCUCUCCCGGCUCUUUAUAUUACACACGUAACCCAGCAGCUGGUGCUCUACAGUAUCCUCCUGAUGUCCCCGGUUUCAACAGGGGACAUUACAGCAUUGUCUUUCCCGAUCGACGCCUGUUGCAGCUCACUGACAGUGAUAACUGUUCAACGUGCUGUAGAACGUGGCCAGCCACAAACGCGUUGACAGGUAACUAAUCAGCACUCUACCCGACUUACCGACUAGGCUGCUGCUCAGGCGUUAUGGCAGUAGGCCAAAGUCCUUUAAGGAUGUGACUUACUCGUCCAGAAGCCAGUUGCGUAUGAUUUCCAGUGAAUCUCAAAUGAUAACGGUUGAGUCACUGUUAACUGGCCCAUUAUUUCCACGAGAGGCAGAAGCGGCUGUCUCGCCUUCCGAAUUAAAAUGGGCUCAACAUAUUGGGCUGAACGAUCUGCUGUCAGGGUUUUACAUCAGUAUCGAUUGUCUGGGUGGGCUCUUAAUAGCCAUACACUAGUUAAUGAAGGAAGUAGAGUCUCUGAAGAACUGCCCGCGACCGUCAACCCUAAUCCACUGUUCUGGCAGGUCCCCACUAAGCCUAGUUCACCCACAGAUCUGGUCUGUCGUCUCCUAUACAUGUACUAUUUCUUUGACUUAAGUCUUUCAGUAGUUAUAAAGACGAUGUUGCUGCCUGCAGAAUGUUUUUCGGCGGAAAAUUCGUCAGUGACGUUGUAGUUUUCACUAGUACUUGUUAUUGUACGUCGAUCAUUAUUAGUAGUUUUCCUGCUCCCGCAAAGAAACUUUUGCAAUGAGUUUCAAGUUGCCACGUGAGCAUCAGAACCCUCGCCCGACCCUUUUCCGAUCCUUUUGCUGCCGAUUGAUUAACUUCCUGACUACUGCAAGGCCUCAUCCUUCGCAUAAAUCAGCCGACUUAGAUAAAUGUGACUCUAAACCCACGAUAGCGUCCCUCUUCUCACAGAUACGACUCUAGAACCGCGAACUAUCUGGAUGGAAGUUUCGACGAAGCUGCCAAUCCACCCCAGUGAGACAGUAGUUUUAUGCACUUGCUCCCUUUCAUAAUCAGCUGGUAGAGCCCUUUGAAGUACUUAAACAGUGUCUGCAGCCGUUGUACGUGACUCCUCUCCGUAUGAAUCUGAGACAGCCAGAACAAGACUGUUCAAUAAUCUCCAACAACGACACUCAUGGCGUGCCGCACGGAGUGAGCGCAGCACCUGGGACCUGCGCGCGAAAUAGUUUUUAGUGAGAGAAACUUUUGCUGCAUAUGACGCAAGCUCUCUCUCUCCCCUUUUCCAUAUACCAGCUGACUGCCCGGCCUGCUAACUAACAGGGCGCAGUGGCAGACACGGUAUGAAGGCCUACAUAUAGGGAGUGUCACACACGCAGGAGUAUGGAUCGCAUUCCUCUGCCUUCCUCUGUUUUAUUUUAUCGGUCACAGUAAAGGCCUCUGCCACCAGCCUCCCCUGAACCUCGGAGCAGAAGGCUUACAGCAACACAGUCAAUCAGGGUUGUGUUCUGAUAGGUGAAUUCCUAGUCCAUAUUUUGUUGAUUGUGACCAGAAAUAUUGAGAGUUGCGUAAGAGCGACACUAACUGCUGUGAUCUGAUUACAGGACGGGAUGUUCGUCCUUUGUCUUUGUCUCUGAGACUUCUCAGUGAUGAGUUCCCCUCCGUCAGGCCAUCAUCAGCACGGAUCUCCGGAGAGGGGUUCGGAAGUAAAACGGAACUCCUGCGCACCCACUGUUCUGCACCCAGUUUUGAUCGGUGACCGCUGGCGCCGCAUAUUCUUCCACCUCUUUCGAGACACAGCGUUCUCUCCUCUGACAUAACUUGUAGGUGGGCUUAGUCACCCACCCAGUCAUUCACGCAGAGCCCAAAGGCAGGCUUCUCAUCCUGUCCAUCGAUCUAUCCAUAGUUGUUUUUCUGCACGUAUACGCAUACUCAUGAAUACGCAGGCUUGUGUGUGUGUGUUCUGCAAUUAGUAGCAGCUACUGGCCUCAAGUGUGUGUGUGUGUGUGUGUGUGUGUGUGUGUGUGUGUGUGUGUGUGUGUGUGUGUGUGCACGUGUGCGUGUGUAGGCGGGCGCACCUGUGCGUAGAUGUGUGUGUAGGUGUGAUCUCCCUUCUGCAGAACAGACAGGAACCCUCUUCACUCCGCUCCACCCCCCCCCCUCAUUCCAUCAGAUCUAGCACGCACAUACACACAGCGUGACUUGUCAUGUGCGCUUCUGCGGUCGGCUGUACAGGGCAUUUGCAUAUUUGCAGCGAAUAACUCUGUUUCAUAAGGAAAGUAACAAAGGGGACACACCGUGCAAGAACCGCGCUGCACCACGACAACCACUUGCACAGGACGCGUGCGUCAGCGGACUAUCAUUACCAGGUCACACGACAGUCGAGUCAAGGCCGUUGCAGUGCUGUCGUCAGGUCCACGUGUUCGUCCUCUUCCGGCGGUAACACAGCCCCUUGCUCCAAUGGACGUUCGUUCUACAACAGCUUGAAGUAAGCAGCAUAAUUAGACAGAAGAGAACCGAGAAUUAGAGUCUUGGAGGAGCAGUUUUUACAGAGGGGAGCGUCCUGUUUUGUUGUGGAACACCGAUCCACAACCCGCGCGCUGGCGACCCAUUGGCGGUGGUGAAUAAGUCAAUAAUUGUCAUUCGUGUUUGUUUCCCUUGUUGGUAGUUCUUCCCAACUAGCCAUCGCUGUCAUACUCUUACACAACUCGAACAUUUCCGAUUGCAGACAACAUAUUUUGGGCCAGGCGCUUAGUUGACGCGUCUGAUUUUAUGGCUAAUUUAACACGGGUCCAAAACUCAAGUUCUCCCAAACUGCGGACUAAGUGUUGACUGGCUUACACUGACAAGAAAUCGCGAUCCCAAUCUCCAUAGCACGCUUCUUAUUCCGGUUUUUCGUGCGCUUACCAACACAGCAGUUUUUAGCCGGAAAGAACUUGUUGGGAUUGUCAUGAGGAGCCGAAGAAUUUGGCUGGAUCGACUGUGGUGAUCAUUGACGGAUAAUGUUUUCCUAAGGACAUGACUAAAGCCCAGGGGGCGCAACAACUCUUUUAAACUGGAACAGUAUUUUCCCUGAUAAAGACGAGUCGGGGGAUUGAGAUAUUUGCAGAAGAGAUGCCAUUCAUACUAGUUUUUACAACUUUGAAUUAAAGAAGAAUGCUGUUCAUCCGACCUGGAAUGUCAUCAUCAACAGUACCUCAAAUGUCUAUUUCGGUCCUCCUUGCGACCGUCACUCUAAUUUUUUUCCAGUUGAUAUAUUCUCAAAUCCUUUCGGUAGGGCAUGGUCAUAACCACCCGCGGAUUAAAGGUAACCUCGUAAUCAAUUGCAGGGGGGGGGUUAGAUUUGAGGUUAGAGCUAUCAUUAGGAGGUUUAGGGAUGGUUGGUGUUAAGGUCAGAGUUAGGACACGGGAAUAGGCAUAUCCCCCCUGGAGCUUAGCGCAAGACCGCCGUGGUGCGAGGGAGUGCUUAUUCCCGUGUUUAGCCAUCCCUUCCUCACUGGUAACACUUCUAUGACAAUUCGACUGGUAGAUAUCUUUCGUCUCAAACACUUUAGGUUGUCAGUAUGUCAGGUUUUUUCCACAUUGCAAAACUUCAUGUUUUAAACGCAGCAUUUUUUCUGGUUCCAGAACUUUAAGGUUUCGGCCAGUCAGUCGGCACCAUAAGUAAACGGCCAUGAAUCCGACUUUAGUUCUACGCCUACUCGCGCCUUGGGGAUAGAACCGUACUGCAUUUCGUCGCGAGUGGAGAGAAUGCGAAUUUCAGGACCAAUUAAUAUUUGCCCGCACCUGUUUCAUUCAACGCAUAGCAUUUUUUCAAGGUCUGAAACUCCACUGUGCCAAAACUAAUGUAGGCAGUCAAGCUGUAGUCGUCUCUAUUAUGCUUUCGGAUGACCCGACCGCACUUUUUCGGCCUCUGUACGUACGGUGUCACCUAGACUGAUGGAAGUCGAAUCCUUGCGACUUUGCAUAUGCGAUUACAAUUACCUAUUCGGGGGCGAGGGGGACGUUGGUGACCAUCCGACUCUUCUGUCACCACGAAUGCAUUCAGAUUCCUCCGACGUAAGUCGAAGCGAUUUGUAAUUCUAAUUUCCGACCCCAUAUAUGCAGUGACCCUAGGAGGGCAGUUGGCGGUGACGAUACCGGGUUAGCUCGGACUUGUCUGAUCUCCGGGUGGGCUUCCCCCCCCUGCCGAUUUCAAACACAUCUGCCGCUGAUCGCAUCCUCUGUCAGGACUUGAGUUCUUAGUGUUUCCUGCCAUUCCUGUUUUAUCCUGAACUACCAGAAACCAGAUUUAAAAGUUUAACUACGAACUCACCUGACCUUGGACCGAGGCGCCUGAACGCAUGGAUGCCUAACCCUCAAAUGUUAUGUGCGUGUUAAACCUCCCAAGACGUCUUUGAUUAAACUGCCUCACUAAGAGGAUUGCAGUAAUACAGUUAAUUGACAAAAUUAAAGAAAAGAGAACUCUAACACGAAGUCCUGACUAACCAGCCAUAAGGAAUCUGUGGUUUUAGUUUUUGAGUGGAAGGUACGCAAGACUAUGUGGUGGAAGGGGGUCACAUUGCCGCAGCUACUGUUAGUGGGCAGGAGACAGUAGUUGCGAGUGAAUAGUUUGGGUGGCUGUCGAGCAGAUGAGGCGGGCCCCGGUAUCAAGUUGUGGCAGGCGUCAACGUGAGGGAAUUGGUAGGUAGACGCAGCGUAAGAAGAUUCGCGUUUCGCGACUGCCACCUCGAACGUUUUGAUCAUUUAAUUCUAAAUUGGAACAGCGGACACCACUGGAGUACGCAUAUCGACGUCAUCUACUUGUUAUUGGUGGAGUUUGAUGGUCUGAGAUUACGUGGACUCGUGGGUUUGGGCUGUUUAAUCGGAAUCGUAUGGUUGUGUGCGUGGAGGUAGACAGAUUGAUAUCUAAGUAGGGUUGCUCAGGUCGAGAAUGGGCUUUGACUGUGUGGACGGGUAUAGAACGCUUUGCGAGCAUCAACGAUGUUUCGCGUUGCCAGUGUUGUUGAUAUCGCGAGAGACAUAUGAGCCAGAAUGUGAUCUGGCAGCGCGAAUACGUAAAAAAGGGCUGCCCACUGAUAACGGUGUACCUCAGCACGCCGGUUUAGCGUGUUUAAGGCUUCUCCUUUGUCUACUGCUUUUGAAGACUGUUGUGUGCUUCUUUACUGCAGUUCGCCGGGCUUGUUGGUCCAGGGCAUGUGAUGAAUUUCGGCAAGGCGUUCAGGGUGUCCUUGCAGAGCUUUUCUGAGCCUUUUUUGUGACGAGCCCCUGUUGCGAUGUCAACGUAGAAGAACUGCCUCAUGCGAUGGCCCUCACUCUCACGAUAUGACUGCUCUGUUGAGGCUCAGUCGGCUUCAGCAUUGCAAAACUGCCGAGCAUGCUAGUUGAUUUCAGGACUGGAACGACCGGCAUCCGUUACCGCCACUUCGCCCUUGCUGCUUAUGUGAAAUUCGUGGUUUCACCAAAUUUAUGUAGUAUCCGCACCGUAGACAAGCAUUGUAAAGACCACACCUCCAUGCAUCUUCGUUUGACGUCGAGGAGAAUUCUCCGUCGAUUUCAUAGAGAGUAUUGAAGAAAAAUGUGGGCUUGGCUGGCCUUAAACACGUCGGCUGCAUUUUCGCAGUCGAUUUUGAUGCUGCUUUAAUGUUGCCUCUAAGACUCGAGAGUUUGUCUACGAAGCUGGUGUAAUAGUUUUUAACGCUGUUUGAGAGUGUCGGUUGGUAGACAGAGAUCGUUUUCUUCGUUUUCUCAUGUUGCAAUCUGAAGUUGGUGCACUCGGGUUUUGCUGAACGGCCGCUUCAGUUCCAGCGUUCCAUGCGCAAGCUUUGACAAGUAAAUGACUUUUUUUCCUUUGUCUGGAGAUUCCUGUGAAUUCAGGGGUGUUGAAAGGCCUCCAGUCAUUCCAGCAGUUGGUGUCGUUCCGGAAUAACACAUCGCGUAUUAAUUGAUUUACGCUGAUGAUACCAUGAGGUUGAAGAUGGUCAUAGCAGUUGUGCAAUCCUGCUUGGUCCCAUUACUCACGGCAAGGGGUUACAAGGUUGGUUCAUGUCCGUAGCGUGUGCUGCCAUUCCGUUCAACCCCAAGGUUCAGUUUCAAAGGUCCUAGUAAGAUCUGUGAUGCCUUGACUCUCAUACUCUGCCACUUCUUUUGCACUUUUCGCUCCACGGGGAUCAUGUCAGUUGUUCCAUGCCGCUUAUACCCAGUGAGAGGAAGGACAAUUUCUUGGCGAUGUUGUUUCUUCCUUUUCUGCAAGGUGUAUCUCACCUCUUCGUCGACAGACUGCCUUUGUUUGGAGAAUCAGUUAUCUACUCGACUUAUAACGAGUCAGAUCUCAGGUGACAACAGCUGUCACCUUCUCUGGUGGAUUUGUCCCUAUUUUCUCUAGGACCAAACGGAUAUUCCAGGUGGUUUGAAUGGAGGAGGGUUCUCCAAUAGGAAGGGGACACGGCGUAACGAAGCGAACUGCACAUCCGCUUUGCUGGGCUGAAAGAGACACAUGUCGGUCGGCCUCAGCUGGUCUAACUCAGCACACGAACCGGUUACUGGGGUACGGCAGCUGUGCGGAACCCACCAUGUGGAUAAGACGAAGUUGCCACCACGUGUGAUAAGUCAACCCGACCAGAUGUACGUCCCGCCUAGUCAUCCCUUGCACACCUUAGCAUAGUGGAGCUGGUAAAUAUGGCAGUCUGGACGCCCUUAAGGGCCUCAGGGGUGAGUCCCGCCGACUAGCAUCAGUCGCACUCUGAACAAGUUGAAAGGGACCCGUCAACGGAGUGGAGUGACUAAUCGUAGUAUCUCCAGUGUAGUUUACCAAAGUUUAUCGAAAUGUUAAUCCCCUGACAACUGAAGCAUCAAUUAGUCGAGGGCUCAGUACAGUCAGUGUAUGCCUUAUAACCCCAAAGGGUAAUAGCGUGUUGAGGUGGAAAGCAUACCAUUCACUAGUAGGCUAUGAGAAUAUGGAGCCCCAGUGUUUCAGGUAACCUUGCGACAAUUUCAAAGGGGGGAGAGUAAGGCUAGUAUUAGGAGGGAUGGGGUUAAAGUUUGGAAUUCAGCACUAGACCUGUAGUACUAGCUUGUAAUGUGGGGAGUCUGUAUUCCCAUGCCUGAGCCACUUGCCGUCUACAUAUACUGAGACUGUCCAGAAAGUAGUUGGCCCAGUUAAUUCCCCAUCAAAAUAGACGACACGUGUUAAACCUGUUAAUAUCACUUUGAAUACGCGUAAGUUAGCAUAAAGUUGCUAAACAGUACUGUGUCCCAGAGCCGUCUGAAGCUAGAACUAGACCAUUUUGGCGGCAGCAUUAUUACGGCCUUGGUUAAUCAACAAUCUUUUGUGGUUUUGCGAUAACAGGAUACGCCAUUGGUGCGGCAAGCCUAUAUUCUGAACGACCAUGACACCUCGAUGGAAUGAGUCCAACUAGAGUUGCGGAUCUCGCUAGAUCCUUACUUCAUUCGAGCCACAGCCCCGACGUGAUGAUGCGGGCAUGACGAGCCCUUGUCCUUCUGUUCUGCCAGCUCAAGUCAGUAUUUUUUUAAAACGCCGGAAUAGGAAUCCCCACACAACACAGGUAGCUUUGCGCUAAAUUUCAGAAGGGGAAUCAAUUCUCGUGUCCUAACCUCCCGACCCUAGCCUUAACCCUACCCCUAACCAUAACCUUAAACCAAAUCCUUAUCUUCCUGGAAUUUGGCGUAAUACCACGUGUAUUAGGAGGGGAGGUUCGUAUUGCCUGUGUGUUACCUCUGACAAAGAUGUGUAGAGGAGCCAACAUAAAGGACCUCUGAGGGGCGCCGUAAGAACCUUCAGUCCUUUAGCGUGGGCGUGUAUGCCCAACCUCUGCUCUGUGGCUUCGCUUUAGAUAUCCAGAAGACCGUCUCUUCAUCAACCUGUUGUUGCAGCUUGUGGCAACAACUACGACCUUUUCAUACUAAACGCUUCAUCUGUGGUUGAGACACUGAUGUGAGAUCAUUUAAAAUUUUCCCACCCUGAUUCAGUUAGUCAUCUUCUCGAUAAAGCGAUUACGGUCCCUUGCAUGUGUGCGUUUGAGGGGAGGGGGGGCAAGCCAUGCGUGUGUCGCGCGCAGACGAGCUCUCUAGAUUUGUCAGGCACUGCGUCCAUUCCACGCAUCUUACCGGCUCGAACAGUGACUGGAGCCUGGGAAUGGAAAUAGAGAGUGUGGUCGACGACUCAGAACCUUUUCCUCACUAUAAGCAAUCCGACGUGCUUGAAGCUAUCACAGUACGCUAAAAGCUGUAUCUUGGAAGGUUGCCAACUGACGAGACAACUCGGACCUCGCAGUCGGCCCAGUGUGUGUUUGUGUGGUGGGUGGCGGACUGGUGGUCUGAGAGUCAGGCUACAAUGGCCCCUUCUUAAUGUGGCCUCUAUGGCACUCCCACCUAGUGGUAUCCGAGCCGGUUGUGGAGGCACGCAUAGGGACGUCUCCGGUGGUGCCAGCCACCUACGCCCUCUUCCGCCUCCGGUAUUCUUGACUGUGUCUGGACACCGGGCCCAGAUGGGAGAGGGCAAGAGAGUGCGGUAGAUGCAACGCGUCUACUGUCAUUGUAGAAGGAAUUACUCACAAGUCACCGUGCUUGCUCUCAGCCUGAUGUGGAGCACACGGUAGACAUAGUCGAAAUCGACGGUCGAAGUGUCAAAACGAUUACGGAUAGGUAAUGAUAGUACCUUAACGGAGGCCGGCUAUGCAUGAAUCCAACUCGGACGAAAAGGAGCACCUGGGGCCGCGUUAAUAUAACCGACGGCCAACUCUCCCCGUUAGAGCCAUUCAUACUCCUGUCGAAAAAGAGCGGCGAGCUCCAUCCCAAAUGCGUCAUUGUCUGCCUUCAGCCUCGGAAAUUCAUUUUAAUCUCACCACGUGUUGAAUGCAUCGCCUCCCGAGGAAAUUAUAACGUGUCGACUGACGAAAGGGGAACCUGCUGGCGCCGAUCGUUGCACACCCAGAAGCUGGCACAGAUAUGGAAAGCGAGGGGCAGGCCUCUUUCGCCUGUCCACUUCACUAAUCAUCAUCCAAAUCCUGCGGGGGGCAUUAUGUUUUCAUCCCUGUCGGUCACACCUGCCUAGAGAUCACCUAGAUGCACCAUCGUGGUGUGACUUUGGUGUUUCCGUCUCAUAGCCUGGUGUUAUGAACAUGCCCCCUUUUUGUUGGAUCACGUAACAGAUGUGAGACAACGUAGCAGGUCAACCCAAAUAAAGGCAGUCGCCGUCUUCUCCUUCCUCCUCCCUGCCCAUUCUCGCCCUCCUCCUUCCCCCUCUUCUGUCCCUUUACGUUCAUUUCUCUCGCUUUUUCUCCACGUCAGCUUUCUUCGUCGGCAUGCGAUAUCACAUACUUCCUCCUUGCCGUUAAAAUGCACAAUGUUUCGAGCUGGGGACUGUUAGAAUAGGCCCUUGCUCUAAGGAUGUUUAGGUUGCAUAAGAAUACUGCAAUACUGUGCAUAUUUUUGUAGUGGGAAUACCCAGGGAGCAAACGGUUAAAAUAUCAGGCAGGAUUUCUCAUGAAUCGUCCGACUUUCUCUUUCCCGCUCGUGUACACUCAACGCUCGUUUCACGCCAUAGCAUGCUCGUUAUGUACCAGGCGCUCAUGGUUUUUUCGCGCCCAGUAAUUCUAAGCCCUUGAGAAAAGCUGUCCGGGCAAGCGCUGCCUCUUCUGUCUCCUACGUGGGUUUUCUGUGUGUGUAUGCAGGCUUUGACUGUCUUACCAGUUUCAAAGCGUGUGAGCACUGUGGCACUGGUUGCCUUUCAGAAACACAGAGAUUGUCGUCUGAAGGAAGCUGUCUUCGGCUUGCGCUCUUCUUCUCUUCUUAUUCUGAAUGAAAUUUUGCCUGCUGUUCAAAUACGCGAUCCGGCGAAAAGACAAGAUCUUCCAACUCAGCCCCCAUCACCUACCUAGUGAUCUCCAUGUAGCUGCUUCAUAUCACCUGCGGUUUCCAAAACCGGGGUCUUGUGGAAACAAAAACUUCUAUCCUAGGAUGGGUGUUCACUGAUGAUUUACUGGAUAUGUCCGUUCCGUCGCACCUGGAGCCCAAUGUAGAGCCCUGGCUGGUAGUCGCAUAGCUGCCGGGAAUACACGCAGGAAGAAAAUUGCCGACAAAGCCAUUAGAGGUUUAUAUGGCUAUUUCUGUCAUAUGAGCAGUCUUCAGUCAUCCAUACCUGCGUGCAAGGGCUCCAGAUUUAACUCUAAGGCACAACGGGAUGAGAAUGUCCCGUAGCCUGAUCGAUGAACGCCCUUUCCACGAUGAAGGAUAUCGUUGAUUUUAACCGAGAGGGUUUUGGGCUUAGGAACCCUAAACGACCAUAUGUCUCGAGCUUGAAUCCUAGGUUGCUCAAGUCUGGGAUUGAAUAUGACUGACUGACAACUGCUAAUAAACCAGAAGUGACCGUCCCCAUCCCGCCAUGUCUUUGUCUGCGCUCCUUCCACAGUAACCUCUGAACGGCCAGAUUACUUACCGCCCUCAAAACACCCUGGGUUUUUCCUUAUCACUUACACCCAUCCCUCAAGAGCUCUGACUGUAAGUGGCGUGUUGAGGUCACCGGCCCACUGGAUCGUUUUGAGCUUUCUGGUGCCCCGUGGGAGAAAGGAGCUGGAAUCAGAUAGAAGACCCUGACCAAUCAAUUCGAGCCAAGACCAAUGUAUGGGAAAACAUCGAUGGUACUUUGCUUUCAUUAACUCAUCUGUGUAGAUGAGCUUCCGACUGUGUUCAAUCGCCGGCUUUGAGCAAGAACGGGGCUAGUCAAUUAGGUGAUGCAUAAAGUAGGAACAACUGCUGCCUAAGUCUGCCUUGUUUUUGUCAGUUUACGUCCGUUGGUGUUUCGGAGCAAAAGUGAUCACUGUAGGCCUGUUAUUUGGUGCCCCCAAACGCACUGCUCCGUUAUUGUGCUUGAACAAAUCGUUGAUUGCAUUAGCUUAUUAUGAAUUUUCAAGGUUGCCCUCAGACUACGUAGGUUGUCGUGCAUGCGUAUGACAUGCGUUCGACACAGAUAAACCCACGUCAGCCGCCGUGCUCAAUCUCGUCUGAUUCCUAAAGGCCGCUGAUAUUUGAGAGAAGAAAAGGAGGUAACGGUAUACAGAAGGACCCCACUUAACUGUCAAUAGACUGUCGCUUUUUAAUUUCCUCAGAAAUUAUCUACGAAGUUGGAGUAGAUCAGUGUAUUCAAGGUGUAUAGGCUCAGAGCGAGAAUUUUAUGCAUGAAUAUUUGGGCCAAAGUAGCAGGCUGUGUAUCGUGCCAUACGUGAUUUUUGGUAAAGGGAGUUUUAUGAGGGGGAGAACAGCAUGCUAGACAGCAGGUUGACAAAAUGAAAGAAAACACAGAAAUUGUCUGGAUUUAUGCCGAAAGUCUUAUGCUACGCUAUUGUAUGAGAACGGAAAUGAGAGUAGUAAUUAAACAAUAAACAAAAAACCAAUUUCACACGGUGACGGAUUUUGAAUUAGGGCGUGAGGUUGUGGGAAGUAAUCGCUCUUGGCAGUGAAAUUUCUGCAACAGCCUGCUAAUGUGUGCGAAGAUAAAACCCCAUAUGACGCGAUCGACAGUCCACUGACAGUUAAGUGGGGUCCCUCUCUAUACCGUCGCCGAAAAGGGAAAGCGCGAGAGAGCCAGAUCGAUCCAACUGGGAUCAAGCGUUCGGUUUUAUUACUAAAAGCCACGUUUUAAAAUUUUCGCAACGCGUUUGUAGUCGCGGUUACCGGUCGAUCAACUAUCUUCGUUAUAUCCAGGACUGAGGAUCAGGCUGUAAUGAUCUCCUCUUCAUGCGACCUUUCUGACAAUUUCACUUGAAUGGAUUGCGGGAACUGCAUCUUUCUUUGAAUACCGUCGCGCGAGGUGCGUGUAAAUGGGCCGUGUAUCUCACUUCAUUCUUGCUUUUGGAAUGCGGUAUGUGCAUGCGCAAAUGUGGCGAAAACAGCAGAAGUCUGUCUCACUAUAAAUAACAUCAUACUCAAGUCACUGCCGUGGCCACCUUGGAAUUGUACGGAUACCCCCUCCCUUUCCUAUGAUGCAUCAACUGCCAGAAAUAAAUUCUGCAUUUACCCAACUGACGUAGGUCUCCUGACUCACCGAGUUGGCCCCACUUGGAGAUAAUGGGGGCUCUUUAUGAAGGUUCAUUGGUUUGUCUGGGUCAGGGGUGUGUGUGACUGAAGAAGGCAAAGGCUCUCACAACUCUAAUUUUCCAAGUUGAUUCCAUCAAUACUCCUUAUUUUGCCGAGUAGUGUGUUCAAAUCUUUGGGGUCGGGAGCCUGUCAGUGAACGCCAAUCUACAAGAAUAGAGACUUCGGUCAAGCAGGUAUAAUUUACGUUAUACUUUUGCCGAAGAAAGGGUGAUUUGGUGCGAAUCCACCCCACAUGCAACUCCUUCAUCAAAGCAGACUGCCAGACCUCUCGAGACCUCACCUAAAAUAUGCCCUUUUUCACUGGCCCCACCGAUGUCUGAUUCUCUCCCCAUACUUCAGCCAUGCCCGAAGUGAAAUGUAUUCACAUUCACCAAAACGUGGUCUCAACGUGAGUUCUUGCUGCGGGCCUGGUUGUGACUUUGACCAGUAGCCAGGUCAUACAAGAGAAUCGAGGGCACCCUUCGUUUGCGUGCGGACAGCAGCGACGUUUGCUGCCAAAGGUUGCCUUACUAUGCAAAUGAUGGCUUCGUUUGUGUGGCAGGUCUUGGUCUCGUUCUUAGGCGUCUGGCUGACCUUUUCUCUGGCACACCACGCAGACCUCCAUCUCAAAUGCCAUUUUAGUCGGCUUUAACUCUCCCAUCUCAUCAGGUCAAUGCAGUCAGAGGACCCAUCAGUAAAUCUCGUCCACUGUCAGAGUUGUUUGUAACUCUAUGGCUUUUCAACAAGCGACUUAUUUUGCAAUUAAGUAAAAGCACUUCUUGCUAUCCGAGGAUCCACUGUCGCCGCAAACUCUGGCAGGGCAUACAGUUUCAUGGAGUGCAGACCUCCUUCUGCACCAAGUUGGACUUGACAGUUUACGUGAUGAGUGAACGUCUUUGGGUGAUCGUUUUAACAGGAAUGCCUGCUGAAAACAACCUCAUUUGAAGUGAACAGGAUACAUAUCAGUUUGGAGUUUUGAUAUAAGUCAGGAUUCCUCAUCAUUCUCCUCCUCGUUCGCCUUCAGUAGCCAGAAGAAUUGGUGUAUUAGCUGUCCCUGCAACCAUUUCACACUGUCGCUGUCUGAAUCAGCUGCACUUUAUGCGGCAGCCGGUAUGUGGCGCCCUGCCAGUGGUCUAGCUGUCGGUCACGAGACUCCAUCACUGGAACAAGAAUUUCGUUCGCCUGACAUCUCGGAUUCACUCUGGUACCAAUCACGCAGACAGCAACUAGUAGGAGUGGCGGACGCUUAAGGGUGCAGUAUUUAUGAAAUGGUGCUCCCGCUCAAUCGUACACCUACUAAAAUUAGUAGGUCAUGCAUUCACCAUGUGCGUUCGUAUUUGGUACGAAAGAGGCUUUGUCGCCCUCAUACGAGUCGGCACUACGGGUGAUUGCAUCACUGUUUUUAAUGACAGAUGUGAUAUGCACUGGACAAUUUGACUCUUAAGGGCUGCCAUGUAAAUCAGCGUGCUCCUCGUGUGGCUGUCUACCCUGUCCAGGCAAAGUGUAAACACUUAAUGGAAGGAAGAGCGUCAUUGCGUCUACUGACGGGCUGCGGUCUGGAAAACCAUGACUCACCCACCUCUUACCUCUGGCGAAUCUUUCGAUUUUCUCAAAAGCAGGCGGGCGAUCGGGUCCAGUCCUUUCUCCUCACUCUGACACAUGUUCGGCCACUUGCAUUUGGGGUAAUCUUUCUGUCUUUCGGAAGCUCCUAGUGGGCAUCACAGUACACAAACGGCCGCGCAGACUUUUCUUUUCGUGACGGCGGGUCUCGCGAACUCACCACUUGACGCCUGAAGGUUGCCUCUGAUCCGUGUGCAAUCCCGACCCAUAGCCGAAUGUGGAGGCUGCAGAAGUUUUCCAAGAACGCUCUUGAUGUACUGGGAGCGCUUACCAAAACUGCAUUCCGAUGGAGUCCGUCCCCUUAUCUCGUCUCGCAUGUGCCGGUCGCGAAGUUUCGUGAACAAUCGUUAGCUCUUAGUACUCGUCAAAGCCAUUGUAAUUAAGCAGCCGAAUUUUCCGGAUAAUUUCGUUGCCUUAACCUGUCGAUAGAGAGCCCCCACGCAUUUGCAUUUGUGGCUGUUUGGGUGACUGCUGUUGGCGUUUAGUACUUGCACCGUAUUUAUUGCUUUCCCAAACAUACACCUUUAGGCUACCACAAUUUUUGCGACAGAUGAUGACAUCAAAGAAGGUUAUAGGAUUCCCCCCCCCCCCAUCGUGACCUGCGUGUUCGAAAAGAUGUAUUCGAGCAGUCUUCUGGCGCUAUAAUCCGGAUGCGCUCUAUUAUGGCGAAGAUAUCAUCCGCAUACCAGGGUGCUGAAAAGCCAGCGACUUUAACCUCUGAAAGACCGCCAGGGCUAUGAGUCCAGACAUAAAUAAAUCUACGAGCUUGCCCCCAUCUCCUCGCAGAUUGUUCCCGAAGGCGUGAAGUACGUUUUGAGACACGACGUCAGGAGUUGAAGGACUUUGCCGUGAACAAGAUUACAAAGUCCGUUUUCCGUUUCAUUGCAUUUGCUUUCCAAGAGUAGUCCAAUUUACCAGACUGUUAGGUACUGGGGCAAGAGGUAAAGAGGUAUGUGCGGUCAAAAGGUUUCGUGACUUCAUUUUGCAGGUGACCUAUCCCUACACAUUUCCCCAAGAAUUAUAUUGACGAACUGACUGUGUUGUCACAAUGAGUAGGCAAGAGUUCGAGACGCCUAACCAAAUAUUCAACCAGCCCGUAAGCCUAAACCUCAAUUAGCGAUAUGAUGGACUGGAGGGAGCGUCCCCUUUACUGGAAAACCUUGUAAUCGAAUUUAGGCCGCCUCUUGGCCUACCACAAUACAUCAGGCAGCCAGCAGUAUAGUACAGGAGUCCUCAGUUGCCAACACUUCCGUAGUAAUUUUACGUGUCAGGGAGAAAUCCAUGUGAAGCACUGAACCGGCGUACUUCCAGUAAGCUCUAACUCUUCAUAAAAUACUCAUAUCUUCAGUACGGCGAUUAGAUGCUCCUUGUCCGCGAACUGGAUAACGAAGUCGUUGUCAGCCUUAAGUCCCCUCUGUCCAUCUCAUGCGACCUUGGCGUAGGUGCGGACGAAUAAACCGCGUUGGGGAAACAAGAGGAUUAUUUCAGACGCCGAAGACCGGGCACAUGUCGUCAGUGAGAAGGAUAAACUCAAACUCCCAAGUCUCGGCUCACUCGAAGGGGCCCAGUCACACCGUCAGUUCCGACUUUGCUUGGGCAGAGUGUUUAAUCACAUGAUGAUAGCGUGCAUGAACAUCGUCCCCGAUUACAGUACUGCUUGAAUCAAAUCACCGAGUCAGGAUCACGCAGUUAACCAAUUGGCAGUAAUUAGAUCACAGCCAUUAACGACUCUGGUACAGGAGAACAGUUCGUUAUUACAAUGAGAACGCAUAUCGUGAGGAAUUCGAAAACUGUCAGUUAUAGUAGGCGUGUGGUCGCGUGGCAACUGCGUCUUUGUCUGUUGCUGUCUCCGAUGUUGGGUCAGAAAGUGCAUCCGAAAGGUCUGGCAAAAAAAUUCUGGUUUCAUAGAUCGAGGUUCUUUCGGUCAAUAUACUUCCCGGAACUUAUAUUUUCAAUUUUAACAGCCGGUAUCCGUCAAUACUGGAGGCAGAUCAUGAUUUAAACCGUCGCAAAUGUUGAGCUUUUGCAACUUUUGAUUCCGCGGGGACCUAGCUCAUAGAGCAGGGCGCUUCUAGCAGUCACUUCUUUCAUCGACACAUCGUCCCCCUAUCUGAACUAGUAUGAUUCUGGCCCGCGCUGUCUCCAAAUGCCGGGCUGAAAAGACCCAAAUUCAGAGGUAAGACGCAUAACCGACCAUUUGUUUUCUAGUUGGACCUGGAAAGUAUGAUUUAGAGGUCUGACGAUGUUACAACCAGGCGGUCUAAAUAGCUUGCUCCAAUUUUUCCAUCCUACUAAUCCAUUGGACUUAAGAAAUUUGAAUCGGGAUUUAUGAAGCCUCUGGUAAGUUACGCAGCAUCGCUCGACGAGUCACCCCAGAUUUUAGUUAGGUGAGAGCCCGAAGUAAUACGGCAGUCUUCAUAUACUUCAAUAAUUGGCGUCUCUAUUCACUGUGCUAUUGAUCGAAGUCCGCGGGUGCUUUGAGAAAAGUAAGCUAACAACGUCAAAAUAAGAGAAGAACGCGUGCCUUCGACAACCGCUUUCUAGCCACAUGAACUAUCCAACUUUUCACGUUUUUGUUCACAGAGCAUAAACACCUGAUUUUGUUAAAAGAACAAAAGUUUCUGGUGAUAUUGCAGUUUACCUACUUACUCAUAAGAACCCAGCAGUCCCCUUGAACAUCUUGUGAAAAAUAAGGCAAAAUAAUGUUCUGCAAAAUACCCCGAGAAGUGGCAGUUUGCACACUGUGGGCCUUUGCCUGCAUGUGGUGUCUGCGGGAUUUCCGGCGCUGUUGUGUGCGAUGCUGAGCAGAAAUUUGUCUCAGCUAAAUCAAAGGUGUGGAAAAAGAUAGGUCUAUUCUUUCGGACCGAAAUCAGUGAUGACCGUUGAAAGUCGCCUGACAAACCACCUCUCUCGAAGACAGUGUUGAAUAAUAACUCUUUUUGUGGUAGAAAGCCUGACUUCCUAUGAGCUAACUGAGAGAAAGAUAUUCGCCUGGUUAUUUCUUCCAAAAAUAUUUACGUCUAUUUGGACCGGUAUGAAUUUGCUAGAAGCCAUGAAAAUAAUGCUCGUUGACGAUUUCUUGUUAAGGAAAAGAGUCAGAUCGGUUAAAUUACUUGGUAUGGAUAGCCUAUAUGCCCCGCCCCGGGACACGCGUAAUCGUAAUCUGAACUCUAACCCUGUCUUGACCCUAAACCACAACCUAACAUUAAACCCAACUCUUAACUUGGCCCUAACAAUAAUUUCGCUGAAAUGUAGCGUAAUGCCAUACAUUUUACGGAGAGUUCUCUUCCCCGUGUCCUGCCUUGAAGGGGGGGAUAUAAGCAAUCCUCGCCAGUUAUUUUUUGCGGAAAUCAGAUACGCUGCAGUUACUGUACGUCUACAAUGGGUUAAGAUCAACCGUUCGUCUUUUGGAAGUCAGUAGGUAAACAGUGAUGUCGAAUUCAUUUUCACCCAACAACACAACAAGAAUUAACACAAUAUGGCUUUUAGCUACUGUUCUCAUUGACAAUUCUAAGGUGCAGACAUCGGUUUUUUUCGCAUUAAUGUGUUCAUUCUUUAUUUUGAGAAAGAACAAAAUGUUCCUUCUCAACCGCAUGGUUAUUUGUGCUGUUUAAAUGAUCAUCUUGAAAUGUGGUGCUACUGGUGGUCAAGUUCCACCUUAUGGCUGCCCACAGUGGAGACAUCGAAUCGCCAUCGCACGUUGUCAUUCGCCGAUUUGAACCCCGACCGACUGCCGUAUUAAUUUACCCUUAUUUGUAAACAAACAGAGACGCCGCUUCUCCCAGCUGAUUCAUGCCACCGUUCGAGGACUGCUAACUAUCUUCUCGUAGUAUUAUUUUCAAAGAAUAAAGAAACUGGGAUGACCACUUCUGAUUUGAGUGCCAUCAGCAGUUACUCCUACCCCGGGUCCAUAACAAAACAGGGAUGUCAAACGCCUUUCCAAAAUCGGGAUAAAUUGCUUCACACUCCCUUCCGUCUAACUGUAAAGUACGAUUGGAACCGUACUCUCUGCCCGAAAUAUAUCGACUGAGUCAUUUCUCCAAAUCUCCUGCGCUCUGACAAUUUUCUAACCCAUUGUGAAUUGUUUGCUUUCAUUUACCGAUAUUCAAGGCGAUGAAAGAGACCUCAGUCACGCUGGAACCGUACUCAGCGGAGGCUCUCUACACUGAAGCCUUUGAGAAGCCACCCCUGCCCUCCCUACUUCUCACUUUGGAAGGCCGUUUUGUCGGUCGUGGUGGCGAGGGUGUGUUACCCUUCGAUGGUAUUCUGCGCAAGUUUCGGGUAGACACGGGCAGUGUUCAGGUCUGGCUCAUCUCUGAGUACUCUCGGACCUUGUUGCCAGUCAUCAGCCACGGCCAAUUCUAUCGCGGGGAGACAUAUGUCAUUCGUUGGUCCUUCCAGCUGGUGUAUAGUAAGUCCCCCAUAUUCGCAUCGUGUCCAGUCUCCCUCCUACUCCCCCCUCCAGAGGGGCCUCGUUAUAACAAUCAAUCAUGCUUACUAUUAACUUGCAAGUAAGCUUUAUUUUUAUCUUAGCCGGCCAGCGUGACGUUGCCAGUAGUACUCGUAACGUACACAACAAGGAGCAAUGUGCCUACUUCUUUUGGCAGGGUUCAACCAGCAGGAUCACACAACAAGGUGCUGCAGCCUUAAUGACAGUUGAGCUCGAUGAAGAGAAGGGUCCUCAGGUAUGCGAGCAAGCCAUUUUUCGGUAAAUCGUUAUGGUUUCUCUCGAAAUCGGUUAGUUAGCCCAGGUACUUGUCUUGGUUUCAGAUACGUGUAGUUGAGGGCAAGGAGCCACCGGCAUUCUGCAAUCUCUUCAAUGGACGAAUGAUCGUCCAUGAUGGCUUUGCUCCUAAGCAGUUCACCAAUGGGACUCUAUCUGUCUUCGGUGAAGACACCAUGGUAAGCACCUUGAUUUCUGUACUUCACUGUAAGUAUGUAUAAGGUGCUAUUAAUUAACCCCUUAUAACGUCUUGCUCCUAAUAACGGGGCUCCUAAAUGCGUCUCAGUUGAUAUAAUCCUGGAUGGCACCACUUUAUCAUUCUCCGGUCAGUAAGUGAGAAAUCAACGAAAAGGAUUUAGGCGCCUGCAAGGUGUGCAUGUUUUGCCGACAGUGUGUUCUUUAGUAUUUCUGCUGACGGAGAGCUCAAUGUUAGACGACACUAACCCGGUCUUUCGUCAGGCCCGAUGACAAUUGCUAAACUGAAGGUGAUUGUUCGACCAUGGGGGUUACCGCUUCUUUCAACCACGAUAUCUACCCUCAGUGCUACUUUUACAAUGGUCUUAAAGGCGAUAGGCUUGGGUAUGAUGGUACUACGGUUUUUCAGCUUACCUGCCGAAAAUCUGUUUCCACGCACACGAAUCCUUCGUCUUCAUUAUUUUCAUCAUGCGCUGUCCACCUAAAACGUAGAACACCACAAAUUUUGUUUUCUUCGGGCUUGAAUGCCUGUCUACUGGGCAUCCGAUUUCUACGUGGAUCAGACAAGGAUUGAUGGUUAAUGUGUUCUGUUUUGAGGGAUCAUUUCGCUUUGCGGACUAGGUGUUAAUACCUUAGCGAGUGGUACUGUCAUUAUGCUAACCGGUGGGUCAGGGGUAUGUGUCCACCAAUGAACCAUCUUAUAAACUUCCUUUUUAAUGCAUUAAAACAAACAUGCAGCGCAAACACGGUUCACUACGGAACACCACUUUUCCUCACCUAGAAGGCCCCUACUACCAUUAUUCGCCUAUUCAAAGUGGCUCUGGGCCAUAAUUCAGCGACGUAGACAUAUUCGUUCCUAACUGACCAACCUAGCAGCUAUCCUACUGGUCGUUGUCUUACAAGUCUAGAGAAGACGAAGACAGGGUUAACUGUCCGUUGUAAUAUACGCCCCGCCAAGUGUUGUGGUUAUUUCACGCUAUAUAAAGGCUACUUACCUCGAGCUAGUCAGAUUAUAUAUAGUCAAAUAAGAUGGAAAUGUCCGAUACACUAGUUAACGUAACUCAUGAAUCCUUAACUGAGAUUUUGGAGUGCCAUGUCGGUCAAAAUGCAUUACCUUUGGUUCGUGAGCUGUCGGAAGAAAGGCCACAAACUUCACACUAAAAUCCUUGUAGCGCACAAACCGCUCACCCCGCGUCCUUUAAGGUUAUACUGGGAAUAAAAUAACUUUAGGGUUAUGUUGGAUGUCAAACAAUAUUACAACCCCACGCAAAAUAAUCCCUUCUAACCGAAGUCGUCUUUCAAAAUUUCAGUCAAUGUUUCAUGAGUUACGUCACCUGUUGUAUCUGCUUAUGUGAAACUUGAGCUCUCUAGUCAUGGAGUAAUGACGGGGUGCUCUAAAACAGACUGACUUAUAGCGAACAGCCCUUCGCCCUUCUCACGAAUUCGACCCACUUCAUUUGAGAAAUAACUGGCCUUCUCUUCGAUCUGCCUCUGUUUCUUUCUUUAUAAGAUGCUGUUUUUGUCCAAUCUCUACAGCCGACCAACACGCGCAUGUUCUUCGUUCGCGGUGAGCGCGCCACCGAGGCCCACCUCUUCGAGGUGCCCCCCAGUGUCACCUCACUUCGCAGCCGCGGUGUCUUUCUCAUCGUCUUCUACGCCGACCGUGGCAUCUUCAAGAAGUGUUGGCUCUGGGUGGGUGCAGGGGCUCCUGUCAUUUGCCGCGAGGCCGCCAACUACGUUGUGCAGCGUCUUCAGGAGAGGUGAGUUUGGUGCCCCUUUUUGCCAGCGCUCUCACCGCCGCUCAACCCCGUUUAGAGCGGCUGGUAGAAGAAAUAAAAUUGAAACCACGACGAGUGCAGCUGACUGCUUCGUCUCAUUCCUAGCCAAUCAGUUUUUAGCUUUAUUUUGUCCUGUUAGGACUCGAGUCUAUAAUCAUUCGUAAGUGGUCCUGCACUUUUAAGCGCCAUGACUUCAGCAGGGUGGCAUAACAGGGGUCGCAUCCCGAGCCGUUGAUAUUUCGGACUUGAUGGGGGAAGUCUCAUGCGAUAUUUAGGCGUUUACUGUCGACAAUCUUGCUGACGUCCACAGACGAUUUUUAUUUAAUGCCUCAUUACCACACUCUUCGUUUCUAACAAAAUGUCUACAACUUAUGCGCAUAUCUACCCACUUUCAGAUAUAGGAGGACCUGUAGUUUCGUUUUUGCACAAGAAUCCAGUUUCAACUGUGAAGCUCUACUUUAUUAUAGAGUAGUUAGUCGAACAACGGAUUAAAUGUGGGAUGGAGUUUCAUGGCGCCCGCAUCCUACCGACAGACAGUCUCAACUGACUUCACCCGUUCGUGAGUGUAUGGGAUGUCCAUGUUGGGCUAGUCCUUUGAAUGCAUUUCCACAGAGCGGUUAUCCUACCCUGACCCCAUCUAAUGUCCAGCUUCCAUCCGUGACUCAAAGUCUGUGCCAAUCGUUACAACCACGCCCCGAAAACUAUUUCUUUUGGGGGGCAAAGCCUUUGUAGAUUUGAAAGCCUGUCUUCAGUGCUAGUGAACUGGCCCCUAAAAUAGACCACGCAAUAGAUGCGCUAGGCCAACACAGGGGUUAUCGGGAAUGCGCACCCAUAAGAAAUGCCAACAUUGGGGGUUUGGUGACACGCUCAUGUAUCGGCUCACCCCGAGCCUACUGAGAUCCAUGCUACCUCCCCACUUUUCUUGUGGUAUCAAAUCCUGGUCAAUGUGUGUUGUGAACCAGCGGGUGUGUGCGCCCCUAAAAGGGGCCACGUUGUAGAUGCGUUGGACCAACACGGGGGGGGCAACACCGGAUUUCGGCAGGCGUUAUCGGGAAUGCGCACCUUUAACAAAAGUCAACACGAGAUAUGGCGGCAAUUCCAGGUGCCGGCUCAUUCCGUGCCAUUUUGGAUCCGUGCCGCUCCCCAUUUUCAUCGUGUAUGAAAUCAUGGGGACGGGGUGUGGUGGUAAGCCUAGGUGCGGCUUUACGUCGUGCUAAUUGCCUGCGGUCUCUCCCGCCUCCGGUCUUCUUGGCUGUGCCAUCAUACCGGGACCAGGCGGGAGAGGAAUGAGUGCGAUAGGCGCUGCGCAAGUCUAGCAUCAUUAUAGACUAAUUCACGCGUAAGUUGCCAUCCGUGCUCUCACUCUACUGUGGAGUACACGGUGGACAUAUUCGAACUGUCGUGUGUGAAACUGAGUUUGGUUAUGGUGGAGGUCUUAUCCAUUGGUGGAACAGGCAAAUUGGAUUCUUGUACCCGGUCAACCUCUGCGCUCAAGCCCCCACCCAGUCGUUCUGACCUAGUCUUGCAACUUAAUCGGGAUAAGUGUGAUAGGACAAAAAGAGGGAAGACUCUCUCACACGUCUAAGACCUACCACUGCCCCGACUACCGGUCAUUGUCUGGCUCGACGGAUGAACCGUUGUACGGUUAUAAUUAGUGGUCCAAGAAGCUGCUAGAGGCUAGUCAUUCUUUCCAAUUUUUCCCAUACUGAAGUUCUUUACUGAGCGAUACUGUCACUUUUUUCUUCUUCCCUACCCUAGCUGUCCACCCGAGCUGGGUGAGGGUCCCUUCAGGGUAACGGAACUGCACGAGGAAACCGGUGCCACUGACGUCACCACGGACUCGACUGGUGAAAUGUCGGAGUGCCUCACCUGUCUGGAAGGCUAUUCAAGCCUACCACCCUGUGUGCAUUUUGAGGGUAAGCCAUCCGUCUCUUUUUAUCAAUGUAUACUCUCUCCUUCCCGCCCUCCCCCCACGACGUCUAAGCACUCUCAUCUAUCCGUUCCGUUUGCGGGUAAAAUUUGGGCUCGAGAUGGUCCAGCAGAAGAGGAGCAGGAAAGCGUUUGGAAGUCGUGGGUUAAUUCAUAUUAGAUAACAUUUCGGCCUCUGACUGAGAAUAUAUCCAGCAAUCAGUGUUAUUUACAUUCAGCAGCAAGUCACUGCCUGUCGGACACCAGAAUAAAUACUCCCCGUACUACGUGGGGUUUUGCACUAGAUUUCCAGGCAGGUACCCAUUCACUGACCCCAACCCUAUCGCUAAGAGCCCUGAAACCUAGCGGAGGGCUAUCGGAAAUAUCGGGAGAUGCUUAGAACCGGACCCUACCUUACUGUCCAACCGAAUUAGAAGAAGAAGAAGAAGAAGAAGAAGAAGAAGAAGCCGCAUAGAUCGUCAACCACCACCCCCUCCUUUUCAUUCAGUUUGCCGAGUCUUGUGUGUUAUCUACCAACCGGAAUACAUUCGAUCCGAUUUCCCAGAAAGGAUGUGCAAAGUUCUCGUCCUAUGAGCUUUUUGGUAGAAAUCAAAUCUUCCUAAAAUAGGCUAUACGGAGUACGGAGUAUUUGGAGCAAGCCGAGCAGCGAGACCAGACCGCGCCGACCCAAAAUGUCGGCGGUCCCUUGCAUGCGCCAGGAACGUUUCGGCAGCCGUCAGCCGCCUCCUCGUGCCACUCUGGUUUGCGGCCGAACGGCGCAUUUUCAAGACAGAAAGUGCCUGGAGUUAUUUCUCGGAUAUGGUCUAGUUUGAGUUUAGGCAACCACCUCGUAGAAAUUAGAAGAUUAUUCUGGUCGUGGAUGGUCGAACAUGUAGCAGAAUGAGAAGGAAGGACUCGAGGCCGCGGCCCACUUGACAGGCCCGGGCCUAAUCUUCAAGUUCGGCGACCCGAAAUGUUUGUCAGGGAUGCCUACCGUAGGAUUCAGGAGCUGCUUGUGCCGUGAUUUUGCAUGCCGUAGUCCGUCAGCAAACGCAAUCAUGUCCCUACUGCUAUUCAAUGUUAAGACUUUUGGGUAGAAUAAUUAAUCACGCGGGAAUCUUAUGCAUGAACACUGCUUCCGGUGAUACUAUUGGCGAGCCAGAGUUUCGAACAAUUGUUAUGCCCGGCACCAACAUCAAUGCUAAAAUUACUGUCAUUAGCGACUCAGAAGUGGGAAAUGAAGCCACUAUCGAACCAUCAGCGAUUUAUUUUGGGAUCGCCAACUUUGGUGAAGAUGCGGCGUCAUGCCAACUAAAUCCUAUAAAUGCUGCAACUCCAGCACAUCAACUAGCCGAACCGUUAAACGAUUAGAAUUCUUGUUCCAGCGAACGAGUUUCUUCUUUUCAGUUGGGAUAACCCCUGACUGGAGGCCAACAUGCAAAUCCAGAGCAUCUGUCCCACGCUAAUCAUCACUGCACCCUCGUUUGAUUAAUCUGUCUUCUUUGAAAGCAUAUUUCGGUAUUUCAGCCACGGCAUUAUUAGGGGAUUAAGCGGCCGUCUACUCUGUGUCAUGCUGAGAUAGUCUGUAGUUUUAGAGCAGCCUCUUUGCUUUAUGAGAAGCAACAUAUGUGACAAGCCACACUCUCCUUUCCGCGGUGCCCAUCGUGUUUUCGAAAACGGCCGACCGGUUGGCUUAUUCCUCUUGGCCGAGUUCAAGUUCAAGUAGGUAGACAUGAGCCUCUUCCCAGGCCUUACUCAAAACCCCCCUCUUUUAGGUAGGAGCACAGUAAAAUCACAAAGAUUACACUGAAAUCGGCCGAAAAGUAGGAAAGAUUGCAGGUGCAUUGGCUUUAAAGUAUUUGUUUCUACGCAGGCAACCAGCGCCUCGUGGUGUGGCAACUGAAUUUCACCCUCAGCGACCAGCUCAUGCCCUCCCGGCUGACUUACACCCUGGAACCGGACAUCACUGCGGCGCCAGCCUUUGGCAUCUCCUUUGGCGCCUAUCCCACCAACGACUCCUUUUACUCCCCCAAGCUACCCGUUCCUCCCUUUCCCGUCCUACUCAGCGACCUGGAUGCCGCCAAUCAACCGGGUGAGCGGUGGACCUUCUGGUGUUUCAAUUGCAUCAUACUUUUCUGUCGGAUCGAGAUCGGGCAGGUGACUCAGUGCACGUUGUAAAGCCAUUGCUAUGGGUUAUGCUAGUCUCGCGCAAUGACCUAAUCGUUGUUCGACCUUGUUUAUUGUCUCCCGAGACGAAAGAAUCAAAUGGAGGAAGACACUUUUGGACAAGGUGUAUUAACAGGUCAACGCUUUGAACGGUGUCGUCUUCUUUUCAUUGUCAGUGUCGAUACUAUGUAAUCAAAUCAACCAGACUUUCCGAAUGGAUCAGGACUGUCCUGAUCGUUUUUCGUCGUAGGACAAUGUCUGAAUUUGUGAAAUGAGUGUUCAGCUUAACAGCUCAUCCAUCGGGUGAGUUGGCUUUCAGGUCGUCGCUGGGCGACUUCAGUACUGGCCUCGUCAAGUCUACUGCCCAGGCUCUCCGAAAACCGUACAGCUCAAGAUAAAGGCUGAUAGUCGGAAAUUAUUUAAAUCAGUCGAUGCGUUAGGGUUCCCCCGGCCUACUAAUUACUGCAUCAUUACCUAUUUGUGAAUCAGAACAAUAUGGUAAAAGUGGACUCAGGGUGGUUUACCGGAGACGAUUUUGUACACAGCUCACUUGAUAAGGAAAUUAACAACCCUUAUAACGGAACAGCAAUCCCACAGGUUCAACCACUCCCGCUGACGUAAUGAAACUCCUUCUGGCAACGAUCGCCGCAUUUUAUAUUAAUAAACUAAUUGUAACAUUGAUGGGCAUAGGAUGGUUGAAAUAUGCACAUUUUUGAACGUUGACUGCUUCAAAGUAACGGCCAAAUAUAAUCUCAAGGUCACCGAUUGUGUAAGCCACUGCGGCAUAACGAAGGAAGAGAAUAUCUCAAGGUCACUCGCCUGAUUCGCAACAGCUACUAUCGCAUUAAUCAGGCCGUAAUAAGCAGCGAAUAUGUAAUACAACUCUUUAGGGGUAAGGCUGGUUACCUCAGUGAGCUGUUUAAAACACCGUUCGAUUUUGUUUUAUAGUGCAGACUGUCAAUGUACAACUGAACCACAUGCUAAAAUCAUCGACCCGACAAAACAUUUGGUUCAGAGAGGCCUUUUUCGCGGUCUAUCACCCUGGGGCUCUUGCGUUUUGGAGUUUAUGCAAGCGGCCACAGAAACUGAGCAAUACCUCGGCCUACAGUUUGGGAGGGAUUUGUGGUAAUCGACGUAGCCCAGCUCUAAUCGAGGUUUCAUAGCAGACACCGGGCUCUCCAACCGCAGUGUAUAAAAGGAGCUUUCCCUCCAUUCAGGUCUAAAAUAUAUUCAGGUGGAGAUUUUAGAGAAAGCACGAGCAACGAAAAAUGAACUCAUAACUGAACUAGAUGGAGGUUAGUCAGAGCAUUACCAACAAAUUUAUUCUGAAAAAGUAAAAUAUGACUAAACGACUGCUCCAUGUAUCAUUAGGCAACUAUCGGCUUCCUGAACGGAUAAUAAAGGUAUGUAGAUGAGAAAUAUAUUCUGUAAGCCAAUCGGAGGCGCCUUAGACAACGAACCAAUGACCACUAGACACGAUAACACAGUCCAAUUCCGUGGUCACAAACGUUAGCCUCACCCCAAAGACAGAAAAACUGGUCCUAGCACAUCAAAAUCAGCUCAUACAAGCGUCAAGUUAUUUACGCUAACAGAGCAGAGCGUAUUCUGUCGGGCGAUUACGCGCAGCUGCACAUUUUAAUUCUGAGGAUCCGGAAAUGGAGCAUCUCAGACUCGAAAUUUUGCUUCGUUUGCACUAUUCAUUUUGCUCUUUGUAGCAUAAUUAGCAUAUGUCCUAGCCCGUUUAAAACUUUCGUUAUCAGACAGCUGCUGAGGAAGCUUUCAUGCACUUCAGCCAAGUUGCAAGAGAUCUUCUUGCUGUACGAUAUUCUUCAUAGUUAUCGCAAUUGUCUGCGAUCGGUUCGUGUCCGGACUUCCUGUACCGGUAAUUACUUCGGAAUUUGAAAGGAACACCUGUGAGUUGACCGUCGACUGCUUAUGUGCGGCACGCUAACCUGCUCCUCCCCCCUCCUCGUGGAGAUCAUUUGUGUCUGUGAAGUCGUCAUGCUGGUUAUGCUAUUAUAAUAAAUGACCUGACUGGUUGCUUAUGGAAUUAGGUUCAUGCGUUAGUUAACAAGUCUUCUAAGUUUAACGUCUGAUUACCGACAUUUCAGACAGCCUUGUGGUCGUUAUUAGAGUCCCCUUUUGUUGUCCGUCUUUAGCCCUCUUCCUGGUGCUUCAUGGCAACGCAGUCUACCUGUGGCACGGCUGGUGGCCCGAGGCUACCUUGGACGCUGGCGAGGGGGACUGUUCCGCCUCAACUACUCCGCGAAGUAGUACCUGCGACCUGACCAUGGAGGUGGGGGCAGCCAGCCCAACCUUCGGACCCGCUUCUCCCCCAUCAUCCAACUCCUCCGUCAAACUGCGCAGACAGCAGUCUCUCUUCGCCAGCCCCCCAGCAAAACCCGAAUCGUGGCGACCGAGCAGUUUUCAAGAGGACUGUUUUAUCAACAGCCACAGUCCCCCCGUCUACGGGAGCUCGCCCGCACGCGGCGACACUACUGGCAGCGUCGGCAGCAGCAGCAGCAGCGGAGGAAAUGCAGCCGCUUUGCCGCCGAGCGGCGCGGGUAGCGCGCUCUCCCGCUACCUCAGCGCACGAUACGCCGCUCUGAAGACUGCCAAGGCCCUGGCUGAACGAAGUGAGCUUCUGACUCGUCCGAUUUUAGCCAAUCUGCCUGAGCCCAAUCUCCUGAUGAGAGCUUACAGGUUCGAGGGGGGCGGCGUGUCAAUAGAGACACUAUGGAUGGGCAAGUAAGGCCCCCUGGCAUAUGAGCCGGAAAACAGGGAUAUGCACUCCAUCGACGCUGCUAUGAAUUUGGAAAAUACUGGGCGAAAUCUUUAGUUGUGCUUUAGGCAGAAAAAAGGUUACCCGAGUGUACUCGCAGUGCCGAUGGACAGGGAGGGGCAAUGUCAAUGUAGUCCACGCACAAACACCGACAUAUUGGCUUAACUUUAGGGGAGUACGUUUAUUAUCUGAGAAUUUAAUGCCGCGGAGAGCACAAUAUUUCGGUUUAACUAUGCUAUAGUUAUGGGACUGGUUAUCCUUCGUCCGUGCAGACACGUAGUCAGGAUUUUCAAACGAACCUGCCAGCUUAAGCAUGGUAGAGGGGCGCACACCGAUCACGUUAAGGAACUUGCUCAUCCGUUGUGUUUUGGGACCUUCUAUCGAGUCCCACCAGCAACUGCACGUGUAAUAUAGGCGGGACAGCGUUACCAACAAAGGCAAGGGAGACUAGAAUAGCCAUUUCUGGCUUGUUAGCCAUCGUCAGUUAACCAAACCCAAUCCCAAAGGUCUGCAACCCUUGGGCCUCGACUUUGUGACCUACUGGUUAGAAGUCCAACGCUCUAAGUACUGAGCCACCGGCUCGUUGUCCUGUCGGUUUUAACUCAAGUGACAUUGAUAGGGGGACUAGAAAAAUGUCUGCAGCGAAAAGCGGCAUAGUGUGUUGCAAGAAUUAGCUUGUGAAUAUGUCCCGCAUUAACCAGAACUACAGCCUCAUGUAAAUAGUAUUUUCUAUUUUAAAGUAUAGUUGGAGAUUUCAGGUGGUUGAGAGUGAAGUUUAUGUGCGUGACAGUUCGACCGUCGAUCCCAACGGCGUUCACAGCGUAGCCCACAGUGGGGUAGACGCGGGGGCGGUGACUUGCGCAGCAUCUAUCGCAUUCUACCCUCCUUUCCCAUAUGGGUCUACUACCAUGACAGAAUCAAGAAGACCAGAAGGGUGAGAGGGUGAAGGUGCGUGGCGCGGCGCGAACCCGCGCCAACCACCCCUGGUCCGCGCACAAAGGACCAGGACUUCACUCAGUUAGAAAGGCGGACGUCUCGGGUCCCGGCUUAGUGGAAGGACCCAUUACAGUCUGCAUUUCAGUCCAUCAAUCGGCCAAUCACUAGCCGAAAUACCAUCCGAAGUCCACAAACAUCGUUUCCCUAGUCAAGGCAGGCAGAUUUCACUUUUACAAGCUUCGGGGCAAAUAUGUUAUUUUUAUUUUACAUGAAAACUCGUGUACCCCACUGUACAUAAGACCAGUGUUAUUGUUCACAAAGUACCCGAUCAAGUCAGAACUUUUUCCAGUUUUCCAGGAAGGCCAAGGGGCAGCUUCGAAGGAUCAUUUUCGUUUAAAAAAUAACAUUAUGGGUAAUGACCUUAUCCACAUGCGGCAGCCCCUACUGACGAACGCGAACCUUCAGGAGUCAGUCUCAAUUAGCGUUCCUUUUGGGCUACCAAUUGGGUUAGUCUUGGAGAUUGGUGGAGCGUUGUUUCUGUAUGCCUCUCAUUCAUGUUCCUUUUCCUCCUCUUACUCCUGUUUGUGUAGUUGGACCAGACGUUGAGGCGUUGGCUGUUUACGCCGGCCUCGAACCGCCCUCCUUCUUGCACCUCUUUCCACCCACGGUCCGCAAAGAGCAGGGCGCAUUCUACCAUCUGAGCGUAAGUCGCUUCUCCUCCUCCUCCUCUGUGUGUGUUCACAGCCAUGUGUGUUUUUAUUCGUCUCGCGCUCUUGUGCUGGCCUGACACACCUACACACACGAUUAAUUCAGACCUCUGUCUCCAAGCUAAGAAAGCCCUUUCACACAAAUACGACAGAUGGGUAUGGCUCCCUCAUGCCUAUCGACUAACAUCGGACGCGAGCUUUUGGUGCGAGGCCAGCGUUUUAGGCCGCACAGCCAUUGGAGUCUCACCCCUCACACUGCGUUCUAUGUGCAAGCCUAUGACGGGUUCCCUGUGCAUACUUUUGGCAUCGUAAGGCAAAUCGUCACUAUUUGUCCACACGGCCGGUCACUGCCGACCCAGUAACGCAGUAUAGUGUCACACUAACCACUCAGAUAAAAUAUUUCGAAACAAUGAGGUUCUAUCCAGGUGUCUUUCUGACGAUCAUUGCCCACCAUUAGUUCGCCUGCAACCUUUCUCCGUCAAGGAGCCUUAAAAUGUUCAGUCGACGUUCCGUCGAGUGUGACCAUUUCUGGUACAGUCACGGUUGUGGUUUGGAAGAGGGAGGUUGAUGCUGCGCAGUUCGCACGAAGGUCACCCCACCGUCCGGGAGAUGACGGUCCUCUUCGAGGACGGCAGAAAGAACAUACAGUAGGUGGGCUAAAUCAUAAGAUGUCAACCGAAAUUCUGAAAUGCGUUUUCGUUUCAAAAAGAUUAAUUAAAUUGGGUUGUAAAACUAGUGGGCCUGCGACAUAAUUCAGUAAUAUAUCAGUUUCUCAGGAUUCCGGCUUUGGAAUGAGCUUCUUUACGGCUGCAUGCAUAAACCGUACUCUGUAAAAAUGCCUACUUAAGUUGCAUGCAUUUUUCCCAUUGAUUUUCAAUGCCCUUAAAUAUUUAAUUAUAUUUCAUGGAAAGCAUGCAAAAAAAAUAUUCAUUUUUUGCUCACUUGGUAGAAAAUUACGUCUUCUUCCAGAUUUAUACUCGAAGGAAGGACAUCAUUUGGCUUUCAAAAACUUUUCCAAUUUCCGAAUAAUUUUGAACCUGCACUACCGUUACACUUGAAUCCAGGGUUUCCAAACUACAAGCCGUAUAUUUUCCGCGUACGGAAAACCACACAUUUCAUUGUGGUAAUAAAGGGGGACCAUAUAGGGUUCAUAAAAUUUAGCAUUGGAUUUGAUCCGUAUUGUCAAUAUUACAAGCCACAUUGGUAAAUGCAGAGAUAUGACGAUUUAUGAACGGUCAUUUCACGGUAUCUUAAAGUCCCACAAUUAGGAACGUUUUUAAAUCGAAUUUUGUCCCUCCUUCGAAAAUAUAAUUGGAAGAAUACGUAAUUAUCUACCGAAUGAGCAAAGGAAUGAAUAUUUUUAUUCAUGUUCUCCAUGCAAUAUAAUUGGACUUUUAGGGACAUCGAAAAUCAAUGAGAAAAAUUCAUGCUACUUCAAUAGUCAUUUUUUACAGACUGUAGUUUGUGCAUGUAGCCGUAAGGAAGUUCAUUCGAAAGCCGGCACCGUGAGGUAACUGGAAUAUUAUUGAAUUAUGCUUGCAGGCUGACUAGUUUUACAGCCCUACUUAAUUAAUCUUUUCGAAGCAAAAACGCAUUUCGGAAUUUCGGUUGACAUGUCAUGAGUUAGUCCACCUACUGUAGGUCCAGGUAAUUCCCACUUCAAGGUUGACCGAGUGAAGAAGUAAAGGAAUUGGCCGAUGUGGAGGUAGGGUGGUUCGUCUAUCGACUGUGACCUUGGCCACCAUUAUCUUUGGCGUGAAUUUGCUCCUAGUCAGGAGGACCUUAGCGGCAUCAACCCUACUCUCUGCACAUCCACUGUGCUUCAGUGCCAGGUCUAGGUCAGGAUGACCGCCGCGAACUUGAGCGCAGUAGCACAGCUGCGUCACAAAAGCCUCUGUCAACAUGUGUCACAUCACGACUGAUUCCCCUCUCCUGGCCACACCAGGCCUCCCGCUCAAUCUCACCUUGUGCGCGCAUUUAGUGCGGUGUGAAAUCACAGGUGACAGCUGGGUGUCAGAUAAGACCAGAAUGAGAUGACCACUUCAAGCAGUUGGGCAUUAGUGCGACUCAUUUGUUCAUCCGAGAGACUGUCCAGCUCUAGGCCUCCAGCCUGUAAGCGUGCAGCUAUAAUCAGUUGAGUACAGACGGAGAGAGAGAUAGUGGAUGCGCUGACUUAACUUCGCCAUCACCACCUUAGCCAACCUUAAAGUAACCAGAUCAGAACACCACGUCUGAGACCCGAUUCUUCAGAUGAAGAAAAGCCUCUAUCUUCCCUGUGGCGACGAAAACUAGUUCCACUUGAGGGGUUCGACAGCCUGUGUGCGCAUGACAAUAUCUCACUCAGGUGUUUCCGUAAGCCAUUAUAUAUGGCGACGGAAUCUUUUCUAAGCUAUAUUUUGGUAGUUUUUAGAUAUCUGGCCACAAAACCUUGACAAAACCAAGCUGCGAGGCCGAGCCAGCCCCGUGUUGGACAUCAGCGCCAUGCGUGGCGUCGGCACCAGUAGUGGCAACGGCUGCUACGGCUAGGCAAUAUGCUGCUGAGGGACACGAUUUGCGAAACAGUACACUGUUACUGCCACAGACUUCUGUCAACUUAUGUGUAACCGCUUCAAUGUCCUUUACUACCGACAGUUCGGCCGUCAUUGCCGAUGAUGUCCACCGUGUGCUACACACCAAGGUGCCAAAGACACGACGACUUGCGCGUGAAUUAGUUUGUAAUGAUAGUGGACUUGCGCAUCAUCCACCGCACUCCCUCUUUCCCACUCCCCACCUGGACCCGGUGCCAAGACAGAGUCAAAAAAGACCGAAGGCGGGGAGGGGUGCAGGUGGCUGGCACGGUCGAGUCCGCACCUUGGCGUUUCACUGCACAUCCGCUGGUCCACGCAGCAAAUGACCAGGCCUUUGACCAACAACAACAACACCACAACAGGGGUCAGAAGGACGAAGAUGGUGAUUGGGCAGCCAUGCCUACCAUCUGUAUACCCAGCAAGCACAUCUACCGACAGGGAACCAGGUUUCGGGGAACUACCAGCGCAUUCCAGGCUGUGAGAGUCAUGGUUUACGGAUGCUGGCAAAGCACACGCUUUCAGAUCUUUUGAACUAGAAGGGCGACACGUGGUCCUGCAUCUGCCCUUGGUCGUCACUCCUCAUGGUUAGGUAACCAAACAGUCGUUGGCUGAGGGGCACUAUCCAAAAGGCACUCACACUCUCCUCACAUACAUGGGAGUGUUACCGAUCGCAUGAGAAGGGGUCGUGACCAGUCCGCCACUCCAUACGCUACACACGACCACCACAAUCAUCAAAAAUAUCAUGAUUUCAGUUUGACGAGCUCUCCCUUCACACAUCAGUUCGACUGUUGCGAACGACAAUAUCCACUGUAUGCCCCAUAGCAUGGUAGGAGCAGGACGGUGACUUACGUGGGAAGUAGUUCAUUGUGAUACCAGACUUGCUCAGCACUUGCCGCGUUCUCUCCUCCCUCACCUACCUGAGCCUGGUGGCAAGAUGACCGGGUGCGGUGGAUGACAAAGCUGAACAGCCAGUCACGACCUGUUCCGCACACACACACACACACAAUGAACCAGGUUUUUACAGAAACCCAGGGAGUGCCUCGGAUCCCAUCUGAGUGGAAGCGUUGCAUUCGGGAGGAGCCUUUGCAGCCUGACCCUCCGUCCUGGGAGGAGCACCGAGCUAUCCCGUCAGUUGGCAGCCUCCCAAGCUGUGGCUUUUAGCGACCUGUUGCCUCUGUACGAUGUGUCCCCUCUGGGUGGACAUUCCCUACACUCUGCUCCCUCUACACACACACACGCACCUUCUUACGAUCAGCCGACUUUGAGCAACCAGUAAUGUAGACGUUAUUUUUAUUUAUAUGAUCUUUCUUUUUUCGCACAGAAUGGCAAGGUAUACGGGCAGACGGAUUGCAUUAGGACCCUUAUUGAAAAGCUGGACAAUAUGAAAUUCAGUCUUGCUGAGUUGAGACAACGACCCCGCCCACCGGAUUUGGAUACAACGCGCCUCGAAACCUACCUCACCGACGAGGACUUCGAAGUGAGUGAUGUUUCCAUCUUGUCAUCUAGUUUGCCGCUGUCAGUCUCGCCUGUCUCAUAGCUGGGAUGAUGCCUGCUUUUUGAGCCUUGCUCGCUCCCCGAGCAUCAAAUCCAUAACUUUUGCGGGAGCCUCACUACCCUCCACCUGCUUUGCUAUCCCUAAGGGUAAAGCAGUCAGAUUUCCAGGCGGAUCAUUGGUUAACACGGAUAAGCCAGUCUGGCGUUGGUCUUGACGGAAAUCCCCCUUAAAGAGCAUGUACCUUCCAGUGCCCUGAGGAAUUUGAAAGUUACCGGUGGAUUCGAAAGCUUAGCGUUGGUUCAAACGUUAAUUUUGUCGGUAUUUGAGGUUGUCCACUGGCCUCACCAGCUAACGUUGAGCUACAUUGGCCAGAGCACAGGGAACGGUGCGAUUAAUGCCUGCAAACGACUAACCGGAAAGUUCAAUUUCAAACCCCUUUUGAAAAUUAAUCAGUCUACUGAGUUGGCAGGCUCAGCUGUGUCCAUGUGUACAGGGGCCAAAUGCAGCGUGUAGGUGAGAUGAGACUAUCCUCUGGUUGUCUUCUUGCCAGACGUGGAAAGAUCAUUUGCGACGAGAAGCUUAAAAAUGAUGCUUAUUUGGACGUUUCGCUGUCUUUUUGUGGCUCGACGUAAGCCUGUCUAAGUCUUUCCCGGGUGGUGAAUGAACAGCACAUACCCGCUGCAUCCGAAAUGACAGAAUGGUCAUCUGAACAGCCCCUGCUUUUCAGUCCUACUGAUUUCUUAGGAUGAUACCUCACUCAGAAUGCCACCUUCGGGUGACCUAGCUGUAGGACUGGCUUAUAUGGCCCCCUGGACAGGACAUGGGAAUAGGUACGCCCAGCCAAAAUAAUAGGUGGACCUGCACAUAAUUCCAGAAAGAACUAAAUAUUUUCGUGUCCUAACUCUAACAAUAACCCUAAUAUAAAACUUAAUCUUUGCCCUAAUCUUGACCCUAGACCUAACUUAAACCAUGGCACGGCAACGGUAUAGAGAAGGGCCCCAAUUAACUGUCAGUAGACUGUGGAUAAUGUCAUAUGAGGUUUUAUCUUGGCAUACAUUUGCAGGCUGUUCCAGAAAUUACACUGUCAACGACGAUUACUUCCCACGACCUCACACUCUAACUCAAAAUCCGUUACUGGGUGAAAUUUGCUUUUUGGUCAUUGUUUGAUUACUACUCCCGUUUUCGUUCUCGUACAAUAGCGUAGGAUAAGACUUUCGGCAGGGAUUCAAACAAUUGUUGUGUUUUCUUUCAUUUUGUCAGCUUACUGUCUAGCGUGCUGCCCCAUCCAUAAAACUUCCUUUAUCAUAAAUCACGUAUGGCACGAUCCACAGUUUACUGACUGUUAAGUGAGGUCCUUUUCUAUACCGUUGCUCAUGACACUAAAUUCUAAACACUAGUCCCAACGUAACCCUAAACUUCAUCCUGGCUUACCUUACCGUUAACCUUAAGUCUAGUCCUAAACCUAAUCCUUAACCUAACCCUAGCCCCAACCCUUAUUUCACCGGAAGUUAGCUCAAAGCCACCCGUAUUGCAGGGUGUUCCUAUUCCUAUGUCCUGUUACGUGGGGCCACAUAAGUCAGUCCCACCAACUUAACCCCACUAGUCUCGCUGUCUUAACCUCUUCUCUUCCUUAUUUAGCGUGCAUUUCGAAUGACCAGAGCUGAGUUCUCCCAACUGCCGCUGUGGAAGAAACGCAACCUGAAACGAACUCUGGAUCUCUUUUAG